GAAUAAAAGAACGAUAGCUGACUGUCUCUGGCCAUAUCCGUUUUUUAACGUUUUAGAUGGGUGAUUUGUUAUUAACGACAGAAUGGCGUUGCGAAUUACAGAGAGAGGAGGCCUUUUCCCCAACAAAUUGUACAAGAUGGUGGAAAAUGAAGCUGAUGAUUUUAUUAAGUGGAGUAAGGUAAUAAUUGUUUUGGUUCAAAACCUUGCUAUGAGUGUUUAACUCAGUGUUUGAUACUUCUGGAAUAUACUUCAGCACUUUUGGCUCGGAUUCAUGCUACAGUACAGCUUAGAUAUUACACUGCUUGCAGUCCGCCUUUCCUUUUAUAGUCGAGAUUCUGACCGGAACAUGGACUGCUUAAAUCAGGUGAUACCUAAGGUACUCUACUUAUUGUAUGUAUUCUACACACUUACCAAUUCUGAACAAGGAUCGAGAAUGCUUUCAGUAGAAUUCGAAUAUAUUUUACAAAAUUGAGGACGGCUUUUCUCAAAGUUCACGUCGCCAAAAAAUCGAGCCGUGUCCAGAUCGGUGACUGAUUGUGAAUUGUAAAUUGUAGUUUGUUUACCCUCGGAACACUCAGGAGUUCUUGCGAACUCGUUAAACGUGUUUGUGCGUUCCAGAUCGAUUGGAGUUUGGAAGUGUUGGUUUUUGAUGAGAGGCGAAAACCGGAGAAAAACCUCUCAGAUCAAAGAAGAGAAUUAAAAACAAACUCAACGCUCAUAUGGCUUCAACUGAUUUCUAUUGGACGCUCGAGGCUGCUCGCGGUUGCAAAAAUAAGUAUUUCAAAAUUAACCCACUCUAUUUUUUAUCGUUUGGGAAUCAGAUCCAGUCAUUCUGGAUCGUAUGGGAAGGCUUUCUGAGUUUUAGAUGGCCGGGUAUUUAUCCUGUGUAAAACGAAAUUGUGAGUCACGCAUGGACUACACACGGAUUUUUUCAAGUGUAGAACGGCACUAUGCCCAAGAAACUGCAAUUGGUCAGCUGCAAAGCCAGUCUUUCGAUUCGUUUUUUUGGACUCGCUAACUCGAGCCUGGAACCCUCGCUAACUCGAUCCUCGCCCUAACUCGAACGAAAAUCGAUUUCCCCUUGAUUUCCUUCAUAUAUUUACUGUAAUUUUACCCUCGGUAAGUCGACCCUCCUGCUAAAUCGAAGUAAUUUUUGUUUUACCUCAGAUAAUUUCUAUAUAACUUUACCUUCGUUAACUCGAAACAUGUUUCAAGCGCGUGACAAGUCGGAAAAAAAUUGUAGGCUUGAGUAGCAUUGUUGUUGACAGACGUCUGAAACAUUGGAUGUAUUUCAAAACAACCGUGCAUUGCUUGCCUUUAUUUUUUUGUCAGGCCAGGUCAAAUUCAGUGUUUAUCCCUGCAUAUUAUAUUAAUCACGCUUUGCUAAUUAAUUCCUUGCAUUUGAAGUGAAGUGUGUAUGAUACUUGCAUUUCCUCCCCAUCCAAUUUUCUCAUUUCCUUAUUCCCGAUUAUUUGCUUCGAGCAGCUGAUAAUUCGAACUCCCGAUAACUCGAACCGUCUAGAGAACGACUGUAGUUCGUGAAAUUCAAUGACUCAUGAUAUCAAGUCCAGCUGCUUUUGCCGGCUUAAUACAUCAAUGACUUCCUGUGUUUCCGAGAAUGUCACGCAUUGGUGAUAAUAUACAUGUCUAUACAUACAUACCGCUACAGUAUUUCAAAACACGUUGUCGGAAGAAACUUUGCGAAAACCCUUUAACCCUUUAAAACUUAACAUCAAAAUUCAAAUUGUCAUUCUAAAACAGACGUGGUUAGAACAAAAAUGUUAAUAGGUUUAGACUAGCAAAACAACAACUAAUUUGUACGUGCGUCAAGCCUUUUUGACCUUUUUUGUACUUUAUCCUUUAUUUAGCUUAUGGUGAUAUUACAUUUUUUUUUUUUUUUACUUUACAUAAUAGUAUUCUUGGUAGUUGUGUAGCUCUUUGAAAUAUUUAACAAUUAUUCGCCGAAGGCGAAGUUAAUAUUGUUGAAUAAUCCCCGAGACGAAGUCGAGGGGAUUAUUCAACAAUAUUAACUGAGCCUGAGGUGAAUAAUUGUUUUAGUAUAUUCACACGAAGUGAUCUCAACAGAAUCAGAAAGGAAACCAUUAAAAAACGAUUAGUUUGAUUGACGGGUGAAAAUUCACGCGUGAACACGAAGCCGUAAUCAGUGGAUGCGCAAAAGUUAGAUCUUUACGGUAUCUUCAAACAUGGCAAAUGAUAGUUUUAAUCCUUUUGUAUCGAGUUUUGUAAGCUUUAGAAUCAACGGUUUAAAAGAAAACGCCGAAAAUUUAAAUUACUACCCAAUUCUGUGAAGAAAAGUAUCUAGAGCUUUAUUUGUUUCUGUCAACUCACCGUGAAUGAGAAAGUUUUCUUCGUCGCUUCUUGCAAAUGCUGUCAACAGCGGCUGCGAUCAAGGUGAGCGUUGUUUAUCUCCAAACUUCUUUGCCUUGUUAACUUGCUGGCACGUAAAAUUUUCGAAAAUAUUUGCCUUCCUCUCUUCUCCAUAAAUUAACUUCUAUUUAUAGGCAAAAUUGGUCUUGCGAGAAAAUCCCGAAAUCACAAAACGGUGACAAAGCGACCUCGUUUUCCUCUGUAGUGGUAAACAUAGCUUCGAGCGUACAAAAAGUCAGAAAAAGUAAACCACUUCACAAUAAAUCACGCUGUUUAAACACCAUGAAGUCUUUUCUUGCCUUCAAAGUCAUCAGCACUUGGAUAUUCGUGUAUUUUCAAAAAGGUUUUACUUUGAAACUUUGGCAAAACACCCAGUUCACGACAGCGAUUUUGUUCGGCUUUAUAUUCACCGCCUAGCGCGGUGAAUAUAACGUCAUAGUCCGAGAUAGCUAACCAAUCAGGUUGCUUUAAUUACCAAGAUCACUGAGUGUGUAUAUACUAAACCGAUUUAUAAUAAAGAUUUUCACACAUAUUCCAUACAAUAGCUGCGCUAAAAACAGGAAACGGAGACUUCCAGUUCUAGUCGGCUGUUUUUUAAACUUUACAGAAGGACAUUUGUGGGCAGGGAAUAAGUCAGCACAAAAUUUAACAGCUUUUGCGUUCUCCACCGCGAGGCAAGGUAACCGAAAAGCCUCAAAUGUAGGUCGUCCUGCACCUUUUGUUUUCAUCGUCACAAUGUGUGCUAAUUUUAGUUUUGUUUUUUUUUAUUCAAUUUACUCACACAAAAAUGCAGUAACCAAGCAAAAAAGAAAUAAAAAGAGAAACAAAAAAUAAAUAAAGAAAGGGGGAAAAUACAGUGCUAAAACGGAACAGUGCCAGUUAGUUGCAGUUAGUUACAGAACUACUUAAUUAAAGGUCCACUUACUUACGGUGCUACUUAAUUAUAGAUUGAUGCUAUUUACAUUAACAAAAUUAUUGUACGUAUCAUCAGACUGAAUUCUUUGUGGUGAAAAGAAGACGACGACGUGUUGAUAAUAGAAAGCGCGCAUAUUUAUAUUAAGUAAACUUAGCUGUAUUUCUGGCGUUGAGAGACAAGAUUCAAAGCAGCAAUAAAUGGUUCCUAUUUUUUUACUGCUUGGUGUAUUCUUUUCUUCCUUAUGUCUACGACUCAAAUGAUGUAAGAAAUUAUUCUGACUUGGGCACCAUACUUUCGCUCUGCAUGUCCAGAUAAAGUUCUUUACUAUAAGGCAGGGAAAGUUUAUGGUGAGAUUAAAGUGGGAGUUGUUUGCCUAGAGCGGUACUCAUGUCGAAGUACUUGUCUUGUUGAAGGAUCUGACGCGUCCAUAUAUAGCGAAAUAUUAUCCCAAAAGGAUUUCAUUUUUUUUUUGGCAUUUCCAAAACAGCUGAAUAGAAUCCUCUAUCACUUCGUGGCAAAAGGGACAUUUUCCACCCUCCCUAAUCUCUAUUUUUGUUUCGGUGGUAAACAAAUGUUUAAAAACUGAAAUAUAGCCUGCCUGCAAGCUCCCGAAGGGGGGUGGGGGGUGGGGGUUGAAAUUUGUGGAUUGGUACCGCUUAGGAAAAUGACUGCUGCCAGGGUUGAUGCGCUUUAUUAGGAUAAAGAUUUAUGACAAUACUUGCUAAACGUCCUUGAAAGGAAAGUGUUCGAAAGUUAUCUUGACUGCUAUUAAAAUUUGCUGUGCCAGUUAUAUAAUUUGUUGUUGCUGAAUUGGUACCUCUUAGGGAUAGAAAUGAAUUUGGAACACUCCCAUAAAAAAGAUUCUGGUACCUUUUAGGGGUGUUCUCGAAAUUUUCCGACGAGCACCCCUGUCACUUUUAUAGGGGAGUACCCCCCUCUCCCGGGUGCAAGCUCUUCGAGGCGCUCUGGAUGUGGGGCGGAGAUGACAUAAGUAAUGACGUCAUUACCCAUGGCAUGCGUUUUUCAAUGUUUAUUUGCAUUCGCCCUCGUUCUCGCCUCGCGCUGAUUGGCGGAAAUCUGACAGCUCAGUAAACGGGGAGCCACAGGGGAAUUGGAAGUGGAAUUUAAAUUCCACGGACGUAGUGGCAAGCUUUUCUUCCUUUUCCCGCCCCGCCGGUACAGCGCCCAGGAGAGCUUCAUCGCAGGCUAACUGAAAUACAAAUCAGUUAGUUUAGAGCUUAUUAGUAGCGUGCUCAUUCCACGAAGCCUUGCGUCCGUAUUGUUCGGGUUCCACUGUACAAUUUUCUUGUCUCCAAAAAGGCUGAAGUAUUUGCCAGAUACUGCCGGGCGCAGGAGCACAGUCCCGCAGAGGAAUGAUUUAUUUAUUUAUUAUUUAUAAAUUCAUUUGUUUAUGCGUAUAAUGAGGUAUUCCUUUCAGAGGAAUCACUAUUUAAGUUGUUGUAAUAGCUGGGUUCAUAAACGAAUUCCUACAGCACAAUGCAACAUCAUUGUUAGUACUAAAUUUUGCAAUCCAUUGUUAAAUUGUGCGCUUUUAUCUCCUUCAGGCUGGGAAUUGGAUCCUGAUUUGCAGUGAUCAACAAAAAUUUUUAAGUUCGGCAAUCCUUACGAAGUACUCCAUGAAAAAUAGCUUCCAGAACUUCGUGCGGCAGCUGAAUUAUUGUAAGUAAAGUCAGCUUAAGUUGGGAUCGUUAAAUGGAUUGAUAAAACGAUUUUCAUUAUUUAGCUGGUUGCGUUUGUUCAGUCAAGCAGUUCGUUAGCUUGAUGUGCCCGAUUUAUCUGAUGUUUGUGUUUCAGAUGGCUUCUUUGCAUUCAAAGAGGAGCAAAAAAUAGCGAAAGCAGCAGGUCAAUUGGAAAUUGACCCAGCGUACUUGUACUUUCGACAUGAAUCCAACUGCUUCAAGAAGGGUCACCCUGAAUUGCUUCAGCGUAUCAAAAAGGUUAGACCAUUAUAAAAAAUGUUGUAAAUAAUUUUUUUUUUCACUUAUACUGCAUGUAUUUAAUAUGUGGCUUUGCUGCCAUAAGUGGUAAUAAUUUAAUGACAAGGUGACAGAGAAAUCUCGGAACCCUGUAUGCAGGUCUGUAAUUUUUCCUAGUGACGUCAUUUCAAGAUAGUGAUUAUGAUAUUACCAUAAUAAGCUAUUUCCAAACCCGCAGACUGAAAAUGGAUCAUAUUUUUGGGGAGGAGACGGCAAAAUUCUCUUAACGGCAAAACCAGCCAUGAAAACGAAGCGAAAUGGCAAUAGACCUUCCCACAGUUUUUUCAACUUUUGACUUGGACCAGUUGGGGAAAAUCCGUCGACACCACAUAAAAGAGAGCCUUAAGUAAGACAAAUUGCCAAAUUUGAUGGUGAAACGUCUUAAGCGAGCGAAGAUAUAGCUCAGCAAAUUUGCGAAAAUUUACAGACGUUUGUAUGGUGGGGGGCAAGUUUCCAGGCUUUUUUUAGACCAGACCCUAUAUCCUAGCUUUCUCAGCCAAGUUCUUACAUGCAUCAGUUGACCUACCAUCAUAUGACGACCGAUAUAAAAAUGCUUUUGUUUACGUCAAGAUUUUAGAGAGGUCACACCGCAUUCAAUACUAAACAUUGUUUCUAGCUAAAGAAAUCCUUAACAGCUGAUAGUCACAAUGCGUCGUCGGCAAGGAGAUAAUUAUGAUUUUCUUAGACAUUAGCUUCAGCCGCAUUCAGCAAGUAACAGGUUAUAUUUUGAGUAACCUGGGAUGAAGCCGUAGUUUUCGAAAAUGCAAUGCUUGCGUGCAUGUUAAAACGUAACUUCAGAAAUAAAACUACCCUGACACAGUUUAGAAAAUCUCUUGUUAUUGCUUGAUUUGCCACACUAACAAUCUCUGAUAAUGCUCGGAGAUCGUCGUAUCGUCUUCGGCACUAUUCGGAUGCUUUUUUUCCCCCACAAAUUCGGGUUAUAGGGAUACGAAAAUCACACUCAUUUGAAUCAGAAAAAGUUAGCGGGUAUAUUAUUGAUGAAAGCGCAUACAAUUUACCCGGCUCUCGUUCUUCACCCAAAUGUCCUUUUAUUCUUGAUCCUCCAGGCAUCAGUGUGCAUGUUUACUGUAGUCUGCAACAACAUUUACUAUUCAUUCAAAAUAUUUCUCUAUUUCCGAUUGGCUUAAAUCUUUAAUUUAAUGCUCAAUAAUUCUUCAUUCUUAGUUAGCGUUGUCCAAAUUCAUAAGGUGUUCACCGGUCAAAAUGAUAAAUACGAUUGACGUCAAUCGUAACUGCCGUGCAACAGGCACAUAUUUUGUGCCCAGCUAUGCUACCGUGCCUUCGCGUCGUUUGAUGUCAUUGAUGUCAGUUACUGAUGUCAAAUUUGCAAUGAUUGCAAGCAUCUUCAAAAUUAGGUGAGCGUCAGUUUGAUGCGAGGAAUUAGCUAAUUUUUGGAGGGGGAUAGGGGUGGUUAAGGCCAAUCAGAAACGGAGAAGUAUUUUGAAGUAGUAGCAAUCCGGUUAUUUUAGGAAAAAACUUUCGGCUGUGGGUGCAUCUCAUUUCAGUUGACAGAGUGCAGUGAAUUUACCUUUUCAAGGUGGCUCGAUAUCCCAAUUUUGAACACAAACUACGUCUCCAAGAUUUGGAAGAAUUACCACCACAGCUGUAUUAGAUAGAGAUGAAAAAAUUGUUAUGAUCAGGCUUACAAUAGCAUCGGAGUUGUCAUAAUGGGGAAAUGACGCCAUUAUCUAUUUUACUUGCAGCCUAUUUUCCGGGCACUUGUAACUGUUCUUCCAAAAUCGUUCUCGGGAGCUGUUUUUCUACAAAAGCUGCUUCGAUGUUUUUUCUUGAAAGUCGAAAAAUUAGACUUUUUCCCUUCUUUGUCUUGUGUUUUUGGCGGACAGUUGUCAUCUAUAAGGGCAGGAAUCCCAAUUUCGGUCCUCUCCACUAACAGCUGUCAACAAAUGGCGGGAAAUCCUGAGCAAUCGUUACGUUCAUUUACAAGUGUUCAUAUGUAGUUGCACACUUUGUGUUCAAUGUUUUAAAAUGUCGGACGUCUAUGUCAAGAUUAUUAUGGACGAGAAGGAGGUAAAACUAGUCUUUAACUCUAAACAACGGUAAUCAGACCAUGAUCUUCAGGCUCGAUCUACACCAGGGGACCUACGUACCUUUCCUACGAAGAAGGGGAGAUAAUUCUCCCAUCAGAUACUGGCUUUUACCAGUCCGAAGACCCUAAGAAGACGUAGUUUGUCGACGGGAAACGAAUGAGUGCGAACUCAGCGCAGUGGUGCCCGCAGUGCAGUCUACAGCGCUUGGUAUAUUUCUUUCCUACCUGAGGACGGGAACAAUUUCACCCUCCUCGCCUGGACAGAGUGCGCAGGCCGUACUUAAACGACCGACCUUCACCACCAACUAGAACUUCGCAAGCUAAUAUUUUGCAUCUGAAUCAGAGGACCGCAAAGUGCACGACCUGUAAACGGCUUUCUGGUAUGUUUUAGCUCUUAAUAGCACGGCAAUGGCCAGAAAACCGCUCGACUAGAUUCAAAACGCGUUUUUCGGCAAAAUCUCCAGGGGCGAAUGGGUUAAUCUUGACAUAAAGGUCCGACAUCUUGAACACUUGUAAAUUAACCGAAAAUUAGGAUUCCCGCCUUUAUUUGACAACUGUCCGCCAAACACACCAAACAGAGGAAGUGAAAAAAAUCGACUUUCGUCUUUGGAGAGAAAGGCAAAGAGCUAGAAAAACUCGAGAAAUUUCUCUUUCCAGCUUUUGUGCGAUUAGUGAGAUAUAAAUAUUACUCAAGAAAAUUGGUUCACUAUAUAUUGAAGAAAAAUCCAAAGAGAAUCAGGCUUUUUAUGAAAAAAAGGAGGCUCUUUCUCAUAGUUUUCAUAACGGCGAGUGAAAGCCCAAAAAAGUAUUUUUUUUUACUUUUGAUUGUAAAACACAAAUAAUGACCUUGAAUUUUAGACAUUUUUCGUUUUUUAUGAUUCACGCUUUUUGUAAAAAGUAGAAUUGCCGGAACCGACCACAUAUUUAGCUCUACAUAAUUUUUAACAAAAAAGUGUAUUUAAAGUGUGUUCCUAAUUGCAGAAAUACAUGAUUACUUAGUAAUGAUGGUUUAUUACGAAAACGUUUUUUUGCUUUCUUUUGUAGUCAACUCGGGUAACUAAAAGACGUGCCUCAUCCAUGGAAGGUAAGAAGACAAAGUUUCUUUAUCAAUUGUUUAAGCCCUAGGGUUAUGCCUUUUCUAGACAGGUGUAUGAUUGUCUAGGUGAGCCUACUAUCCUGAAAAUAAAAUUCAUAUCUUCGAGCCUCCGUGUAGUGUUCUUUUUAUUAUAUAGACAAAAAAACAUCGAUAAGAUAUUAGAUGGAAAUUACCGAAAUUCCGUCAUCGAUAAACUCACGUGUGAUUAUGGAAAUAAACCACUAGGGUCCCCGAUGUAGUUGUUAUGAAUUUUACGAGAGGUGUAUUUUCAGGUAAAACACUUGUGUCUAUAUAAUAAUUAAAAUUAUUUCCAAAAAGACACUGCUCAUAUCGAACCUACAUUUCAAUAUUUUUGUUGCUUGUUUCAUAUUGAAAAGUAUUUUUUAUAUAUUAAAUAGGCCCUCUUUCUAUCGUAUUAAAAGUUAUUUCUUCUUUCAGAGAAUGCAAGCAACACGGAAACUUAUCCAGAAUCACUCCCGAAAACCAGAAAGACUCGUAAGGUUAGUUAAAAAUUAGCGCGACAUUAGUUCACUACUUACUGAACUUAGUUAACUAUUUAGUGAACUAUUUGCGUUACAUAGCCAAGGUCCUUUUUUUCAGGUUUCUAUUUUACAUGACAUGUAACUGGAGCUAUUGUAUAAAAGGAGGUGGAUUUGUUCUUUGAGUUCUUGUAAAGCUCAGUAAACGUUUUCGACAUGCAGUAUAGCUCCUAUUUGAAGAUUCGAAGACUAGCUCUUGUAUUUCGUUAGAAUUCUGACGUUUUCGCUGCGCAGUUAAUAGACGUAUUUUUCUUUUUUCUAUUUAAAGGGAAAUGAAGCAUCUGAAGGAGGUACGUCAAUCAAAAACGGUAAAAAGCAAAGUUUGAUAUAGCUAGUCGCUAGUUCACAUUUUCCAUGAUUUUUAUCUCUUCUGGGUAGUGGAUUCGAGACUUGGUGGAACUGAGAUCGCUAAACCUUCAUAUCCCAGCCAGGGACAGUGUGGCUCAAGAUUUAUUACGUCAUGUACUAUGGAUUCCCAAUUUCCAGCAAGUACAGCAUCGCAAAUGCAUAACACCGAUAACAUCGACUCCUCUCACGGGGAGGGGUCAGAGAAUGGUGACUUAAAUAAUGAUUCUUCUCUCCACUUUAAAGAUUUGCCACGUUCAAACUUUAAUUUUUAUAGGCCGCUUGGCCCGUCUCCAAUAGGGUUUUCAUGUUUCUUUAUGCUCUCAGGUAAAGUAGUGAAAGGUUUUCUUUUAUGCAGUUAUAGGAUGUAUUCAUUUGUUGUAGCGGUGCUUAAAUUGGGUCUGAUACGAAGUGAUUGAGAGCCUUGACCUGGGGCCAAAUUAAAACGCGUUACCAGAUUGAUUUUUAGCUGAUUGGCUGUUAAGGAAUAAACACAUCAACGGAAGUAAGAGAUCUCUGAGAACUUUCGCUCAAUAACUUGCAAUACUCCACAACCGGACCAUUGCCUAGAAACAAAAGGAAGGAAUCUAGUCUAGGUAUUGAUUAAUUAUUGUAUGGUGAUGAUCAAAUAUACAUUUGUGUUUCUGGUGGAACUCGCCAACAAUCAACAACGUGAAUGACAUGAUUUGAGGGAAUGUAAUUACCCCAAAGUCGUGAUCUCGUUUACCUAUAGCUUGCAACGUUUAUCCCUUAUUUAACUUUUUUUUUAUAAUUAUUCCUCAUCUUUUUACAGAAGCAAGAGAAUUUCCAAACACAAUUUAUAAUCAUGGUAGGGAUUUAAGGCUCCCGCCUGCAAUUCUGUGUUUAUUUGUUUUCUUUUUCAAAACAAUAUGACUUUAAAACGUCCACGCUGUUCUUGAACAGAAAAUGAAAGAAGUCUAUAAUUUAUCUAUUUGUUUUAGAGAAAGAGGCAAUGAGAUGCAUUAUGUCAAACAACUGAGCUUUAUUUAAGCCACUUCUCAAGAAACCUCCGUUUGUUACUUAUUACCUUCUUUAAGCCAUUUCUUUUUGUAACAAGAACUGACAUUCCACAACUUUCAACAGUUUGUGCGGAGUACCAAGAAGACCAGGGGCGGCUCUAUGGUGUGCAUCUUCCUCGCUGGUGUACCAACGGCGAGGAUCUACCAGACGUUUACAAGGUUAUUGAAAGGCAUUUAACAACGAAAGGAUCUGAUGCUAUUGAUACCAUUCUUGAGGCAUCAAAUCUCUCAGAGGACCUAUUGCACCAUAUAAAGAGCAUAUCGAAUAAGUCAGUUCCAGGAAAAUGGAUUCCGCUGGAAGUUAGAAUUGCCCUGGGAUUAGUUGCUUUAGCACAGGUACUGAUCUUCAUUACGUAUUCCUUAUUUACUGGUACCUCAUCACUUUUGCCACUAAACACCACUUUUUGUUGAAGUUGCUUUCAAUCUGUAUUUUCUCGGCUUAGUCUAAGCUUUUCUCGAUUCUAACCACCCGGUCAAUGUACAGGCAGAGAAGUUCAGUUGGUCGUGGGAACAUCUAAACCUCUAUCAAGAACCAAUGCACAAUGUUUUUUUCGAUCACACAGUCAUUGCGUUACAUUUCCGUUACGCAAAAUAUAAAUAUAUAUACCGCAGAACAACAGGACUGAAGACUCGGCACCUCGUGGCUCAGCUCUGGCAUUCAGGGCGGCAAAACGUUCUGCGCAGGUUUCUGCGCAUCAUUAAUCGCGGGCUCAUCCCAUGGAUGAAAUUUGCCAGGAAUACGGCUUCCUUCACCAAUGCGAGUUCGAGAUAUUGGUGGUUACAAAAAUGCAUUAAACGUGUUGUGGAUAAGCGUUAUUUUCUUUGGGCAAAUCACUGUACAAAGAUAUUUGUUUUAUCUGUCUACAGGCGGACUAUGGACCUUAUAUAUCCAGUAACUUCCUUAUAUGAACGCAUUUUCUGAUUGCAUCCGGGGAAAAAAUCGGACCGUCGUUAGCAAUUUUGCAGCACAGCGCGUGGAAAUUAAUGGAGUUUAAGUCCAGUUUAAUGCAAAGUAUAUUUGUAGAAAAUUAAGAUACUUGUAUGAGGAUUGGUGGGGAAGCAUUAAUUGUUUUGCGGGAAAACAUUUAAAAGCCCGCCAAUGUUUUCAAAUUUGCUACCCGGCUAAAAGUUCGCGCUUGCUCAUUUCGUUUUUCCGCCCUGAAGCUCGGCCAACGGUUUUUGGCGCCCACGAGGAAAUGGUUGGCUAGCGGUGAUGUAUUUUCAAAAUGGUGGUUUUUACCGUUUUUUCUAUGACGCAUAGAUCAGGAGGUAUUGACUGGGAUACAUGUUCGAAAUUGAUCCAUUAAGAUCUCAUUGGGCUUAUACUGUAGGUAAUACCAAUAAUUAGCUUUUUCACACUAUUUACUUACGAUACACUUUAACUUUCAAUUACAAUUUGUCGAAACCUCAGUCAUCAUCACCAUCACCCAGUGUAAUUUGUCAAAAUGAAUCUUGCAAGCCUUAUUUUCAGUCUGGUUUGCUUUUGGCUGUAUUUAUCCCUCAUAUAUUAUACUUGCUAAUAUCGUAUCGUCUGGUGUGUUUUUGUCGACAGAAAGGUACGGAGAAAGACCAGCUCACUCUGGAAAAACUGGCUGCCCUUAAGAGAGUUCCUAUUCCCUCCUUCUGUGGGGAUAUUGCACAGGUAUGGGUGGGAUCGGGAAACGAUCUGACAUCUUGGGAGGGUUGGAAAUAAGAGACGAAUUCAAGCAGGGUAAAAACAAGCCUAUUUAUGCGAAACUGGAAUAAAUUAUGCAUGACAGGGUCCCUUGUAGAUGUGUCGAUUUACAUCCCAAAGUAACUGGGGGCGUCUGUGAUUGACGAUACCCAGUAAGAAUGUUUUUUGAUUAAAAUAGUUGAUAUGUUAAAAGGUGAAUAAAUGCUCACUCAUAACUUCAUCUGUGUACCAAAAAGAAUUCUUCACCGUUUACAAUGAGGGCUUUCAUGGAUCGUGGAUCCAAUUUCCAGGUUUAAAAGGCUAGUGGAACUGGCGGUCUAAAAAGGGGCAAGUCAGCCCGAAAUAUCAUAUUUCUUUUUCACUAGAGAGAUAAGUUUGCUAUUUGUGCUUAGAGGGUUAACCAAAGCGAGAAAUUGGUGAUUUAUUUCUGGGACACCAUUUCUUUCCCCUUCAGGGUUCUUUGCAUUCGACCGUUACAACGUUGAGUUAACAGGGAACUAAUAAGCUACGACGUUUUCUAAUGACGCUUGUCAACGGGAAGUGGACUUUUUGCAUUCUUGCAUUUGACCACAUUUUCGCGCAAAUGGUCUCUAUGAAAGUUAAGGAACUUAGCAAUUCAAAUUUGGCAGCAUCAAGGCAUAUUGAAAGGGUAAAGGUCUCAUUUCCAGGUGAUGUGCGUUGCUCAAAAACGCAUUUGCUUAAGCUUCCUAUUGCGGCCUCUAGUUUCGUUAGAGGCCAGUGAUAAUCUAAUGUUAAAACGCUCUAUCUGGAAGGGGGAGCGUGGAUGCACAAUCCAUUCUCACCGGUGAUAUCAGUGCUCAAGUACUAUCCAGGCCUGAUUACAAUCCUUAGCCACUCAGGAGGUUCUUUAAACACGGUAUCUAUCCAAGUUGGGAUCCGAUAAGGCAGGCCCUUCAACUUUCUUUUGGGCUGAUCGUAUGAUUUGGCUAUUUAAAUGAAUAUUCGUUUUGCCUCACUAAAGCAUAUUAUAUUACUUUUGUAUUUUUUUCAAUAAAUAUUGGUUUUUUGGGCAUUGUUGAACAAAACCUCGGUAUCUCAAUUUUUGAAUUUUUUCUCAGCAACUCACAACUGCCACCCAAGAAAGUGGUGAAGAGAGUGGCUGCUUUACAGAGGGUAAGUUUAAGAAACGUUCGCCUGUGACCGGGCUCCUUGGUGGGGAAAAACGGUGAAUAGUAAAGGGGGUGCAAAACAUCAGCGAGCGAGGAACUGGGGAGGGGGAAAUGGCAGCGGCGCCGCACUGUUUUUGGCCCUUUUUCCCCAAUAAGGAGCCUGGUUCCAGGCUAGCUUAAACAUUUGAUGUAAGUGAAAUUACUUUUCAUUCAAAAUAUCUCACCGUUUCUGAUUGGCUCCAAUCCCCGAGCAAGCUCUUUGUAUCUUGCCAGCACUUACCAUAUUUGGAAGAUGUCGGCAAUAUACCAUCGAUUUGUAGGUACAACUCCCACUGGAUUGGAUUAGAACACCAACAAGGCCGCCGUUGUAUUGUUUUGGAACACCAAUAUGGCCGCCGUGAUGUCAUGUGAAAACGCUCUAUUAAAUGGGGCUGAGUAUGAUAUGAAGCAUUAUGCUGAUCGCGGAGGAUCUUCAUAAUUCUUCACAUCAGUCUCAUCCGCAUUCAGUAAUUGUUAAUUUUUUUUCGUUCGUUACUUUCAGAAACCCCUCAGACAGGUUUAACUGUUUCAUUAUUUUAAAACUACCCCUGACAUCUUUUUUUGCUGUGAAGGAUCUAAACAAUCCUUGCUCCUUCUAGUCAUUAAUACAGACAAAUUGAGGUUGUGGAAACUUCCACUCUUAAUGGAUUCGGAUUCCCUGCUCAUUCGCCGUCUUCAGCUAGGGAAAUAAUCGGUGCUCACAGUUAUUGGUUUUCAUACUUGACGUUUUGACCCUUGAAGUUUGAUAAAUUAGACUUAUUGUUAACAGUCACAUGGCCAAUUGUAAUUCUUACAAAUGUCGCAUUGCUCACGUUUAAUCCUACUAUAUAAACCUUAGACCAAGGAAACCAAGAACAUUUCGAAGAGUCUCCGGUGACCAUUAACCCCAAAGAAGGCCCUACAGAGGUACGUUAUGACUGAUGUCGUUGAUUGUCGACAUUAUUUAAGAUCUCUUAGCGUAUUAGCAUUUUUUAUUUUUUCCCAUAGUCCUAUGGCGACUUUGUCCACAGAUUCAACAAUUAUAGCCACCUUACGAGAUGCCAUCAUUUUCUCUAGGAGCGAAAGGGUUAAGAAAGGGUUCAUGUGUGGAAUUGCCUUUCGUUUUUUGUUGCCUUUUAAAGAUGAAAUUUAAGAACUGGUUUAUACUUGGCGUGAGUAUAUCGAGUUAUGGAUGCAUGCGGGAAGUUUGGAGAGCACGAGAUAAGCGUAAGCGCCGAGAUCAACUCUAGCUUCUUGAGUGGUCCGCAAACUUCCCAGGUGCAUCCAUAACUCGAUAUACACACAGCUGAAAGUAUGAACCAAUUCUUUAAUAACAUAGCUAGCAAAAACGCUUGCUUUUUUAUUAAAUGCAAAAUACUCGCAACAAGCGGCACAGAAAAACAAUCUCUUCCAUUGGUUAGUUUCAAACACGCACAAUCGUCUAGUUUGAAAGAAAAUUCUUUUUCUAAAACUGAGAGUGAAAAUUUGCUUAUUUAUUCGUUAAACGAUCAUUAGAAACUAAGCAGAAACAAAGGUAAAAACAUCUUAAAGUCCGACCUCGUAAAGUUGAAAUACUCAAAUGUUCGUAAGAAGGCGUGGAGUAUGGUUUGGAUUCGUUGAAACGAUGUAUAUGUUUUGCUCGGCGAAAUCCAGGAGACUUUUUGUUCUGCGAAAAUUAAAGAAUUCUUAAGCUACGUGCAAAUGGAUGCAAAAUCUCCCAACAUUUUUUGCCCAACAAUGUUGGGAGUUCUUUCAUCCGUUUGCAGGAAGCCUAAAGUUUGACCGGUUUCAAACUUUGCGCAACAACUCCAAAUAACUCGCAACAACAUGCAGCAGGGUGUGCAAACGGACGCAACAUGUUGGGAGUUGUUGGCCAACAAUGUUGCGUCCGUUUGCAUGGCGCUUUGCAUGCAUUGUUCAUUAGUACUUCUUGAGGGGACAUGGCUGCAGUUGUUUUUGUGAGUAGUAAAUUUAUGUCUUUUUAGUCUAGUUUGUCUUUUUAUUGCAAAUGAUUUUUCCCCGCUUCGGAUUGUUCGGUUAGGACAAAAGUGCAUAAUUUUUCGUUUAUACUAUAUAAUUAACUUGUUUUCAAAAGGGUAAACAAACUUUAAAAACCCGAGGACACUUUAUAAUUGGAUAUUCCCCGACACAGGCGCGAGAUUUUUUGCAGCUGAAUGCCAGUCUUCAAUAACGGCAGACUUUUAAAUGACUCAGGCUCUAAUUUGUGAAACAUCUUCACCACUUUUGCUUGUGGUAUGAGUGGCUAGAAGCUCAAUUCCAAAACUUCCAAAAAGUUCUUCAUCGUUGUCUUCGAUUAUUGGAGACUAAAGUGAGCAAAAAAGACAAAAAUCCGAGUUUGAUAGACACAGAUGUACACGUCAUCUUAUUUACGCACGGGCGUGCGUUGAUUGCUUUCCCGAGGGACGUGACAUUAAGUGUUUUCUUAUUUUUCCGGACUUUCACUUCAGCAGCAACAAACGAAUAACCGGAGCAAAUCAAAACAGUCGAUUCGGAACUCAAAACUACCGAAUAAAUGAUUUACAAGGUGCUUUCCUUAUAUAAUCUGCGUCUUUUUCCUCCACUAGUUGCUGUUUCUCCUCUGGGAUAGGUUUGAAAAUCGUUGCCUUUUAGUUUGAGAAUUCGUGUUCUUGUUGUGGACUCUUGUUGUCUUCAUUCCCGAAAGUGAAAACUGGCAGUGUUUUUCGCGCCUUAUGUCACGCCACUUUCCACCAUGCUUUGAUCACGUGCUUGAGCGGGGUACAAUUGCUCAAAUGUACCACGAUCGGGAUACAUUUGAUUUUAUUCAAGGUCAUGUGACCAAGAAUCAGCCAAUGACAGUCCCUGUUUAGUUGAGUGAAAGUCUAGGAAUAUAACAAAACAGAUUGUUUCGACUUAUAAGCCGAAUAUAGGGCAGUUUAUAGCCAUAAUUAAACAGUAGACCUGCACCGUUGUAAACCUCUUAUUUCACUGGUCCCCUUUAAUCUACACUUCCAUUGUUUUCAGGGAUGGGGGCAUUGUUAUGUGACAAUCCCUAUUGUUUUCCCAGGUAAUCAAAAACAAUCUUUCAAAUAGGUGCGGGAUCGCCCUAAAUAAACCCUUUAGCUAAUAAAUCCUUGGGGUUGCCCCUUUUUCACGAAUUCUUUGCAUUCAGUAGGACCAAGGGGUGAACUAAUGUUAUGUCACCCCGUUAUGAUUAUGUUUCUUUUGUAAAAAUUUUCUGCUAUCUCUUUUAAAGGGCAAAGUCCCCUUCAGCCUAGAAGUCAAGAACAUCCCGAUUUCAGAGUCCGUGGAAUUUUUAUUGGUAGAAUUCGGGACUGGAAAUGUCGUGGAAGCUUGUCGAUCACGGAACUCAAAGAACACUUGGUUUGGACAUACUCCACGUUAGUGUCUGAUUUCAAAUGUUUAGUGCGCUGGACAAAAUUGUUCUUGAUUGAUGUUUUCCUUUACAAAAAUAAAACUAGCCAAGGAACCUUGAUAAUAUUUUUAUCCUUUAAACUUUAUUAAAUUCGACACAUGAAAAAAUAUUUUCAUGUUGAUCACCCGAGGAGGACUUACGUUACGGCGUAUCCAAACUUGAUAACGAAAUGACAGAGGUUCGCAAAAUCGCGUGAUUUCUAAGAAAUAAAUCACGUGUUUUUCACUGAAAUAGAAUUUUAUUAAAGUUCAGUCAAAAGAGAAAAAUAUAAUUGAGCUGGGCUAUUUUGCUACAGUAGUUUCAAUUUUGUGUCGUAAAACGUCAGUCUACAACAGUUUUGUUCAAUCUACAGUAUCUUUAAUGUUCCAUGUUAGUGGGAGCCAUUGUUGAUUGAAAUCUGAGCAACGAUCUUUUGUUAUUUAUAGAAGAAUUACAUAUGAACAAUACGGUGGCUAUAAUUUGUUCCAAAAUGCAGAAUUUAAAGCAAAUUUUUCAAUAAAAGUUUGAAGAAAAUGUUAAUUGAGUCAUGUGUCUUGUUUUUUUUGCCGUCCCGUGCUGUGUUAAGCGCUAUUUUGCGAGAUGAAUAUUUGACCUCGGCGGUUAGAACUAAAGAAGGAGAGGUAAGAAAUUAAAUAGUUUGGCAUCAGUUCCAGCUUAAAUUGGACUGGGUCACGCGCCGGCGGCUGAUUGCUGCCUGCCUUGUCUCCUUCUCUAGUUCUAACGACCGAGGUCAAAUAUUCAUCUCGCAAUAUAGCGCUUAAAACAGCACGGGACGGCGAAAAAAACAUGACACAUGACUCAGUUAACAUUUUCUUCAAACUUUGAUUGAAAAAUGUGCUUUAAAUUCUGCAUUUUGGAACAAAUUAUAGCCACCGUAUUGUUCAUAUGUAUUUCUUGUAUAAAUAACAAAAGAUCGUUGCUCAGAUUUCAAUCAACAACGGCCCCUACUAACAGAGGGUGGUCUGCCUGUGCUUACUCUAGCCAGUCUUAGUCUUAGAGGUAUUGUUUUGUCAAUUAGAAAUAUUUAAGGUGGCUCGACCCAGUAUUUUAAUACGAACACCCUCCAUCUUUGAAUCUCUUAUACUUAAACAAAUCGGUCUUUAUUGUAAAACUAUUAUGACACAUCACACAUGGUGACACAUGGAUUGUCACGUGACAAUGACGUCACAAUGGUUUUAGUUGUGAAUCGAAUUUCAGCCCUGUUCGGCAUUUUCUUUUGAAAUGCUUUCCGCCACAUAUUCUUUGAAUGAUUGUCUUUUGCUGUGUGAAGUUUAUCAAAAAUCUAUAAGAGGAGUUUUGAGAUAUCUUGGAAUUUCUGCAAAAAGUGUAUGAAUUAUGAAUGCACUGAAGACUGGACUUAAUGGAGAAAAAUUUGUUACUUUUUGGAUGUUUCCGAAAAGGUUUUAUGACUCAUUCGUUUAGCAAAUGACCCUUAUACACUCUACAAGUCGCUGAACGCAAGUACACCUGCGCGAUUCCGAAACACAUGAAAACGUGUGAAUCAGGGUAAAACGAAAUGCUGAGCUGUUUUUGUAACUUCUGAGGCUACUUUCACGAAAACAGCGAUUAAAAUAAAAAUCGUCGAUAGAUUUUUUAAAAAUAUUUUCAGUUAAAUAGUUGAUCAGUGUACUAUCAAUUCCCCGAAUUUCGUGUCGAUUGAAAACUUUUAAAGUUGUCUAACGUGGGCGCAAAAGUGAGUAAUAUUAAAGCGAUGUCAGAGAUUUGGACGUGUCUUUGCUCUGGGAUUUCCUAUUGUUCCGAGUUUAGCACAACAUCAAAUUCUCACGCAGCACGCGAGAAUUUAUCGCGCUAGAUUGCCCUCCGAAAUCCAAACCAGCUAGUUCACAGGUAUUCCACUUAAAAAAUGAAUAAAAUACAAUAAAAUAACAAAAUUUAUCAUUAAUAAUCCAUACUAGUAGCAAUACAAGCUUAUACAUUUACGUUUAUACAUUUAUAUAAUAAGCAAAAGAAAUCGUGUCGCUAUUGUCUUUAGAUAAACUUAACAAAGUCAAUGUCUUUUAAGUUGUUUUCAAAAACGUUAAAGUUUGAAUUUGUCCUUAGAGAAUCUGGAAUUGCGUUCCAUAAUUUUGCCGCUAAGUAACUCCACGAUUUUAGGCCAUAUGAGGUUGUUUUAGGCUUAGGUAAGAUCAGCAUAUUGUUGCCCCUAAGAUUAUAGCUAACUUUCCUACAGCUAAUUAAUAGGCCAUUUGCACUAAGAGGUCAUGUGACAUCACUUUUAUGAAAAUGAAAGUUAUAUGAUUUUGCGUUCAAAAAACGAUUAGAGGGUCAUAUGUCUUAAAAACAAAAUAAUAGUGAUUUAGUUUUUGAAACCCGCACCAUUUUGUUAAAAUGAAUAAGUUCGUAGCUGGUCACGUGACCAAAAUGUGAUUUUUGAAACAAUGAAUUACCGAGGAAAUUGUUGAAAAGAUGAUUUAGUAACGUUUUCAGCACAUCUGAGCGUAAGUAUCUCUCUAACAAGAUACGAGCAAAAAGUAGUUUUGGCCGCCAUGUUGGAGGGCAAGAGCUAGUAUGCCCUCCACUAUAGUGGCCAAUAGAAAUAAUACUACUUUGUUCAAAAAUCAAAGUGCCAUAAAAUAUCUCUUUAAUGCGUUUCCUCUCAAAUUUCGAGUGCGAAAUACUUUUUAUGCGCUCCUUCAAUUUUUGGCAUCACCAAGAUUCUAACUUAUUGUUUAAAGGAAGCAUUGGUCACGUGACCUCUUAGUGCAAGUGGCUUAUUCCUUAAUACAUAAUGGCGCGUUGUUGCUGUGCAUGACUUUAAAUACAGAUGUUACUAAUUUAGUGAGUCAUUGGUUUUGAAGUGUCGAGAGGCCUAGUUGCCUUAAUAGUUUUUCAUAUUUAGUGUGCUUGUCUCUAGGUACAAAUCUGUUGGCUCGCUCGUUUAUUUUCUCUCACUUGUCAGUGGUGCCUUUGCUGCAAAAGUGCCACGUUUCAGAACAAUAGUUAAAAUGCAGAGCAAUGAAAGAUAAAUACAAAUCAUGUCUAAUUUCCAAAGGUAACAUUCUUUUCAUGCGCCUGAGUACCGCUAUCUGUUGUGACACUUUUUUGGACACCUCAGACACGUGAUUGUCAAACUUUAACUGGUCGUCAAUGUUGACGCCAAGCAUCUCCAAAUGGGAAGUUAUGUUAAUAAUGGUACUUUCACGCCUUAAAGUCGGUUUGUUUUGUGUUCUACCCAGGACAGGCGCUUUGUAUUUUGAAUUGCUUUUUUUGAGACCGUUCAGAUCGUAACAUUUGUCUACCAACGCAAGAUCUGAGUUGAUUGCCGUUUCCACCUCGGUAAACUCGCUGUGGGCAUAGAAAAUUUGUGUGUCGUUAGCUUAGCUGGAAAGAUUCCUGCACUGUUUUACAAUAUAAAAUAGAUCAUAUAUAAAAAUAUUAAAUUUUAGAGGGCCGAGGAUUGAGCCCUGAGCUAUUCCUCUCGUGACGUCACUCCAGCUGGAAUAUUGGCCCCCUACUUUUACUCUUUGUUGACGGUCAGAAAAGUAGUUUUCGAUAAUAGUUGCGGUUUUCUCGUGAGAACCAUAUUCUCUAAAUUUACGAACGAUGAGCUCAUGAGGUAGAGAGUCGAAAGCUUUCAAUAUGCCCAUGGAAACAAGGCCGUCUAUUUCUCCAGUUCCUUUCGCCACUGUUCCGUUAGACUCAGUAGUGCCGUGUCGCAGCCAUGAUGCCUACGGUAGGCAAAAACAUUCUAGUGAAAGAUCUUGUCAAAUCGAGGGCUAACUAGACUGUAAACGAGUGUCUCGAAAACUUUAGAUCUCGGGGGAAGUAUUGUCAGAGGCCCGAAGUUUCCUUUUGUCAGGAAAGACUCCUUUUUGUGAACAGGGGUAUUUCACCUUUUUUCCUCAUUUGAGGAAUCUUGCCUGUCUCGAGAAUGGAAUUAAAUAAUGUGCCAAAAGGACUGCAUAAGAUUUCAGCUGACUCAGGGCGCGUGCUGGGAUGAGAUCGUGUCCAACAGCCUUAUUAAUUUUCUUUUUGCUCAUGACUUCUCUAUAACUUCUCAGUCUUCUGUGGAAUCAGUGUAGCUCAGUGAUAUACACCCACUUCUUAUAUCACUAGGAAUGUGUGUGAAGUUGCUCAUGAGAUCGGUAUUUUUAAUCACAUUAGUUUGUUCCGUACCGCUGAUGUUACUAAAAAAAUUCACUGAGUGUUUCCGCCACCUCUCUCUGAUCUCUAAUUGUCUUGUGAGUUCGCUACUAGACUAUUGCAACAUUAUCCAUCAAAAAAUACCGAAGAAAACUGAAAACCUCCAGAGGCUCUAUACUCCUGCGAACAAGCUGCUCAACUUUCGUGACGAUGCGUGUCACGUUUUUAAUUUUCCAGAUUGUUCCGGCAAAAUCUUGAAAUUCCAAAUUUUGCCGGUUUCAAGAUUUUGGCGGAAGAAUCUUGAAAUUCAAAAUUUUGCGGCAAGAAUCUUGGAAACUGAAGAUUUUUCAACUCAUUGUAACUUAACUCUCCACCAUAACUCACCACUUUGUUAAACCCCAUCUUGAGCCGUGUAACUUGAUUCCGGUUUAUUUAACCUUAUCUAAGCAACCUUUCCUGUCCAUUUUCGGUUCUGGAAUUGUGAGUAAAGUUUUGCAUUUGUUCUACUUUGCUAGCCAGUAACACUUCAGAAACUGUCACGGUAGACGUUACCAUUAGAACACCAGACCAGACUGAAGUAGGAAAAACAAGUUACACCUACUACUCAAAUGAGGUGGACGCAGCAUUUAUUGUCGUAGCCAGAUACCUAGCUCAGGAUGAAUUUAAUGGAGAGCAACAGGCAAAUCCAGAAAGGGGAGAAAACAGUGCAACUUCUUUUUUCGGUGGGUAUCAUUAAAUGUCUUAUCUGCUAAUUCUCAAGAUAUAAGCGAACUUUUGUUUUGCAUUAAAUCCUGCGUAAGAACAUAAACAGUGAAAACCCCUUUGAGCCCUUAAAACGCACGUAGAAAUGUUUCUUUUAGAAACUUUCCACCUGUAAAGAGAACCUAGAAAAGUUUGAAAGUUAAAACUGCUUACUCCGCCUGUCUUUAGGAUUUUCCAAGCAGGGAGUAGGAAGUUCAGUAAACAUAUUGAGACGCUUGGUUUUCACAGCAGCGCGGGUCGGUGCAGAGCACUUCAUACGAAUUAUCUUUGGCACUUCAAACGGACGUGUAGUUUAUGAAACGUACAAAACUGAGUCCCUUUUCCCCGAGGACAUUGCUGCUGCCAAUGGGCAUGACAGUAUAGCAGCAUACCUUAUUUCCCAAUGUAAACGGUACGUAAAUUAUUUUAUUACUUUAGGGUCUGUAGAGAGCGUUUACUCAGGCAUUAACUAAAAACUGAACACAGUUAUAUUAAGUACUUCAGGAUCCUAUAGCCUCUUCCAGGCUCCGAGAUCGUCGGGUCCGUUGAAUUAAGAAAGCGCGAACACGAAAAUAAAACGGGAGGAAACUGGGGAGAGCAGAGGCAGCGGAGCCUGCCUUUCACCUGAAACAGGCUAAGGAUCCAACGACGCGACGGCGACGAGAACGUCGCGUAAAAAGUGAAUUUGCGUUCUUUCAGUCUUUAUCGUGAUUAUUCCUACCCACCUGCUUUGUCAAAUGUAGGCGAACCCUGCCGAAGUUGAAUCCCAAUGAAGCAUAUCCAAGUUCAGAAAGAGAAAUAUAAUUUCAUCGUUGCUUGUUUGCCUUCUCCAUAGAAUUAGGCAUUUUCACGUCGUAGUCGUGCAAAACUGAAAUGUCCAAAAAAAAGUAUGAUGCACGUGCAUGAUACAAGUUGUUGUUUUGCUUUUUAAACCUAUUGUUUUUUGGACGUUCUCGUUGGCGUCGCGUCGUUGGAUCUUAAAAUCGCUAUGAAGUUUGAAGAAGUUCAGCGCAGAUUUACUGAGACGCAACUUCAGUUUUUCUUGUAUUUAAACAGGGUUCGAAAUUGCGACUCGCUGGUCGCCAGUGGAACUAAACAUUGAGCUAUUGUGACUACAUUUUUAGAACUGGUCGCCAAUGGGCGAUGACCCCAAUAACAGAAGCGCUUUUACCGGCCGUAGAACAAAGAAUAGGCCAUUUCCGAGUUGUCCCAAGCCUCUGUUUCAAAGCAAGGCUAAUUGCAAAGCUAUGUUGAUAUGAAAGUAAUUUCUUAUUUUCAUGCAAAUAAAACCUAUUGUCACACAAAAAAGUUGGCAUAUAGCCUCAUUUUGAUAGUGAGAAUUUUUGGAACUCGGAAAUGGCCUAUUGCCCUGUGUUGUCAAUCGACACAAGAGCCGUACCAACUAAUUAAUUAUAACUGAAGGGAAUUGUAGAGAAAGCAAAAAUAGCAAUGUCUUGACUGGAGAUAAACUAGACUAACAUGGCCAAAAGAUUAAACUAUAACUCUCUCCGAACGCCAGUACGAAGAAAUUAAAAUAAAGAGUACACUAAAACCAUACAAAUCGAACUGACUGAUGAGGCAAGAAACUUACAAAGACUCCAAUCUAACAUCAUACAAAUUAACUGACACAAAGGUAAACAUAAGAGUGAGGGUACUAAUAUUAGUUCGAAACUGACGCACUGGGAAACUGUAAAAGAAGACGAGCCCAAUAUCUUAACUGACAAACUUGCUUGCGCAAGGAAACGUACAAGACUAACCUCGAAAAAACAAACUGACUUACGACGAAGCGUGCGAAGGCUAACAUCGUACAAACGUGCUGACGUAUGAAGAAAUGUCACGUGGUUCAAGUGUAAAAGCUCUUGAUACAACAAAUCUCGGUCAAGUCUCUGUACAUUUCGUUUGCAUGACUAAAAUCGUCGUCUCGUUUUGAGAGAAUAAACAAACUCCACCCGAUUACACGUAUUGGCAAAUUUUAUCAUUUGUUUGCCGCCUGAAAUACCUUGUGACAUUGUUUUCAUUCCAUCAAUACAAAAGUGCGUGCAAAGAUGGUGGGUAUCGUUAAUAAGGUCUAUUGAGCUAUCAGGUCGAGUAGGAACUGGUUAUCAUGGUGUAUAUAUAUUUUGGAGAAAUUAAGGUAAUUUGAUGUUAACUACGAGCCCUGAUGUUGUUGUUGAGUUUUUUCUCAAACAGUUACGAAAUUCGAGUAUAUAUCUUUUUGCUUCCCAGGGCAGUUUUGGCCAGAGUUUUGAAAGGUUUUUUUUUUCUGCCAGUAAACUGAUGCUCGAUUGUUGUCUUAGAGUAGUAACGUUGUACAUGUUACUGAACGGAAAGCACCUGAUAAUUAAUUUGGUUUAAUUAUGCCCUUGGUUUACAUUUUAUUUUUCUUUGAUUCAAACUCAUUAUCCAGGUUAGCACAUCUUAGAAACAAAAAAUUUAACCAUCGCCCCUGCCUCCCACAAGGAUACAGCAAAAAACCGCGAGUAAGAACCCGUUAGCCUAAAAUUUGCCAUUUAUACCCCCUAUAAACAAGAACCUGUUUAGCCUAGAAAAUGAAAAACAGGUUCUUCUUUUUUAAAAUCAUGUUAGUGAAAUGCAGCUGCAAAGCUGUGCAAGAAUCCUGUUUGGAGAAAUAGGAGCUUGGCAUUGCUGUGCAAAUGAAAGUGGUAAUUUAUUGAUAUAAUAAAAAAAAUAAAGUGCAAGAGGUUAGCAUUGUACUAUAGCCUUUUGAAAUACUGUACAUCAAUAAAACACUGCAAUAAAUCAGCAUAUUGUGCAGUCUGAGGUACAGUGGUAAGCCAACAAUAAAAAGGAUCCCUCUUUUGAUCCUAGAAGCAGUUUCUGUGCCAACCUCAAAGUUUUUGUUACAGUUGAGGCUAGGCAGAUAGGCAAAAUAUGUAAAUGUAUAUGUUACUGUUCUUGAGGGUGGUGGUGCUGGUGAUGGAGGGGGGGUGGGGAUGAUUGAAAAAUAGACUGAUUACCAUCUUUUUUUGUAGCUUUUUUUUACAGAAAUAAGAACCUAUUUAAGAACCUAAAUAGCCCAAAAUUGUGUUAACUACCAUUUAAAUAAGAACCUCUUUAGGCUAACUCCAGAAAAUGUAGGUUCUUACUCGUGGGUUUUUACUGUAUUUAAGUGAAGAGUGAUGGGCUCUUUGUGAUAUUUUUAUCGCUUUAGUUUGUGUCUGCCUUGACGACGUCAAGGGUGAUGGCGUCAAGGUGCAUUUUGGGUUCCUAGGCAACUAACUGGUUUGCGACCUUUCGGGAUAUUCCCAUUAGGAUCGCUAAGUAAAGUGUGAUUGUCUCUUUGCGAUAUUUUUAUCGCUUUGGUUGGUGUCUGCGCUGACGACAUCAAUAGUGAUGGAGUCAAGGUGCAUUUUGGGUUCCUAGGCAACUAACUGGUUUGCGACCUUGCGGGUUAUUCCCAUUAGGAUCGCUAAGUAAAGUGUGAUUGUCUCUUUGCGAUAUUUUUAUCGCUUUGGUUGGUGUCUGCCUUGACGACGUCAAGAGUCAUGGCGUCAAGGUGCAUUUUGGGUUCCUAGGCAACUAACUGGUUUGCGACCUUGCUGGAUAUUCCCAUUAGGAUCGCUAAGUAAAGUGUGAUUGUCUCUUUGCGAUAUUUUUAUCGCUUUGGUUGGUGUCUGCGCUGACGACAUCAAUAGUGAUGGAGUCAAGGUGCAUUUUGAGUUCCUAGGCAACUAACUGGUUUGCGACCUUGCGGGAUAUUCCCAUUAGGAUCGCUAAGUAAAGUGUGAUUGUCUCUUUGCGAUAUUUUUAUCACUUUGGUUGGUGUCUGCGAUGACGACAUCAAUAGUGAUGGAGUCAAGGUGCAUUUUGAGUUCCUAGGCAACUAACUGGUUUGCGACCUUGCGGGAUAUUCCCAUUAGGAUCGCUAAGUAAAGUGUGAUUGUCUCUUUGCGAUAUUUUUAUCACUUUGGUUGGUGUCUGCGAUGACGACAUCAAUAGUGAUGGAGUCAAGGUGCAUUUUGAGUUCCUAGGCAACUAACUGGUUUGCGACCUUGCGGGAUAUUCCCAUUAGGAUCGCUAAGUAAAGUGUGAUUGUCUCUUUGCGAUAUUUUUAUCACUUUGGUUGGUGUCUGCGAUGACGACAUCAAUAGUGAUGGAGUCAAGGUGCAUUUUGAGUUCCUAGGCAACUAACUGGUUUGCGACCUUGCGGGUUAUUCCCAUUAGGAUCGCUAAGUAAAGUGUGAUUGUCUCUUUGCGAUAUUUUUAUCGCUUUGGUUGGUGUCUGCGCUGACGACAUCAAUAGUGAUGGAGUCAAGGUGCAUUUUGGGUUCCUAGGCAACUAACUGGUUUGCGACCUUGCGGGAUAUUCCCAUUAGGAUCGCUAAGUAAAGUGUGAUUGUCUCUUUGCGAUAUUUUUAUCGCUUUGGUUGGUGUCUGCGCUGACGACAUCAAUAGUGAUGGAGUCAAGGUGCAUUUUGGGUUUCGAGGCAACUGGUUUGCGACCUUGCGGGUGAUUCCCAUUAGGAUCGCUAAGUAAAGUGUGAUUGCCGCUUUGCGAUAUUUUUAUCGCUUUGGUUGGUGUCUUCACUGACGACAUCAAUAGUGAUGGCGUCAAGGUGCAUUUUGGGUUCCCAGGCAACUGGUUUGGGACCUUGCGGAUGAUUCCCACGGGGAUCGCUAAGCUAAGUGUGAUGGUCUCUUUGCGAUAUUGUUAUCACAUUGGUUGGUGUCUGCCUUGACGACAUCAAGAGUGAUGGAGUCUAGGUGCACUUUGGGUUUCCAGGCAACUGGUUUGCCAUAUUUUUAUCGCUUUGGUUGGUGUCUGCCUUGACGUCAUCAAGAGUGACCGCCAAGGUGCAUUUUGGUUCCCAGCAACUGGUUUGCGACCUUGCGGGUGAUUGCCACAAGUAUCGUUAAGCGAAGAGUGUAGGGCUCUUUGCUAUAUUUCUAUCGCUUUGGUUGGUGUCUGCUUUGACUUUUUUGGGUUCCCAGGCAACUGGUUGUCGACCUCGUGGGUGAUUCCCACGAAGAUCGCCAGGGGAAGUGUGAUGGGCUGUUUGCUAUAUUUCUAUCAGUGUGGUUGGUGUCUGCCUUGACGUCAUCCAGACUGACGACGUCAACGUGCAUUUUCGGUGCUAGACAAUCGUUUUGCGACCGAUAAAAAUGGUUGUGAGUGACAUUUGAGGGUACACUGUCGUGUUUAAUUCAUGAAGGGUGACGUGUAUUGAUCAUCCGCACAACAAUGUUUACUAUCGUUAAUCAAGACCAAUUACUCAGGCAAAUCAAACAGAACAGCAAACAUGACAACAAUGGAUUCAACCAGUGACUGGAAAUCCUGGCCGUUGAAGAUUUACCAGCGAAACUACGCAACAGCGGGAAAAGGGACUUGAAAUUCAGCACGAUCAGUGAAUGAGAAGGUGACAGCUAGAAACUGCAGAACAGCGAGAACAUCGUUUAACCCAGCGAAGACAGUGCUGUCCGCAGGAACAGAGGAACAGAAGCCUGGAAUAUCAGGGGCAAUAUCAAGGCUUGCCUUCUGUUAUAGAAACAGAACGUCUGCAUUUUAGAUCUCAGAAUAUUAGUGUGCGACAUGGCAGCUACAGGUCAGGAAAAAAGCGUUUUUAACUCUAACUUGUUUCACUAUGGUGCUGGGACCAUGUCUGAUCAAGCUUAUGCAUUUUGAGAACUGAGAAACUGAUCACCUAACAUCACUUGUCUGUGGGCAUUUCAUACGUAUUCACUCUUGCAAGGGCAUAUGUUCCUUGCAUGUACACCAAAAAAAUAAUAUACACUUACAUUAUUUACGAUUUGGGGCUUUCUUGAAGAUUCAGUGCUACUGAAGGCCCCCUAUUCAAUGUUCAUGAUUGAUGUUCAUUUUUAUAAUUGUCAUGAUGCACAUCCUUAAUGACAAUGCUACAUGCAAUUUCUAUUGCUGCUACAGACCAUUCAAUAGUUGUCAAGAUAAUAAUGUACAAAAAGCGGUACAAAAAGUCUCUGCCGUUGUUGGAUAACAAUUCAUAGUUUUCCUCCAAUAACCAGUAUUUACUUGUUGUUUUCACUACAAAAUUACUCCUGCCGUUUUAUCAGUAAAUAAUUUCAUAUCCAGUAUAUCGAAAACAAUUACGCCCGCAUUUGAAGGAAGUAGCAGAUGCUGCUACUGGCACCCCUCUCAGUUACAAUUGGAGGUGGCAGGAGUAAGCUGUGCUUGUAAUGCACAAACUCUCCGAUCAGAAAUUUAGCAAAGGCGACUGCCUCCUAACCUGCAGUCAUCCAAUUAAGAAGGCCAAUUGGGGUAAUGAGACCUAUUCAACUUUGGCUACCCAUUCUAAACAAAUUCAGCAACCUAAUUCUCACCAAUGCGAGAUCCCAUCCUUUCCUUUUUAAACCAGGAGGCUGGCUUCGAUUUUGCGUCAACCAAAAGGGGAUGGAGUAUAUCUUAGCUUUCAAUAUUCGAGCCGCUGUUGAAAUCUGCCUUCCCAAGUUACACAAUUUACUCUCCCGUCCCGGGGGAGUCAACUUUUGCGAGCCUUUUUUCAGAAAAAGUUGACCCCUAUGCUGGAGCCAUCAGUGUGGCGCAUACUCUCAUGGUCUCACUUGACUGAGUUGACCAGGCUGGAUGAGCCAAAGCCAGUGUUUAUAUGGCGAAACAUUGCCACGGCUUGGAGGGUGACCCGGCUUCGCAGGUCACCUUUCUAGCCAAGCCACUCUUUUCUUUUUCAUGUAAACGGUUCGCUACGUGUUUUAGAAAACAUGUAUGAAACGUUGGCUCGCCCGGGACAACGUUUCUCCAUAUAAACGGGGCGUUAGAACCACUGGUGUUGUUGGUCACUGAUGUAUCAUGAGCCUCACUCAUGUUUGGUGGGUUUGGAUCCGAAGCGUUGUUGGCAUCGUUAGCGAACGAAGCUUUUCCCUCAGCGGUCCGCUGUGCUACCGAUCGGCUGUUUUGUUGUGUGAUCGAGAGCACACUUCAGGAAUGUCAAUUCCACUGUCCCUGUUGAUGUUUUUAAAGUCUUAUGUGAAUAGCCUCUUUUGCUCUACGAGAAUUCUCCAGUGAGGGUUUGGGUCAAUAAACGUAACGUCGUCCCAAAGCGGAUAUUGCCCGGUCUGUUCGUGUUCAGAAACGGCUGAGGUUUGAGUUCGUGAAAGCCUUAUAUCCUGUCAUGCUCCUUAAUUACUCUUAGUUACUGCAAAAUAUCGCUUCGCACUUGGAGAAGCAUUGUUGAUAGAAGAUAACUGACCGACCAGUCAUUGCAGUUCAGUUUAACUUUAGCUCAGGUAUUUUUUAUGCAGAUUUUGCGAGGAGAGCAAUACAAGUCAAAGACAAUCUAAAGAUGUGAAUUGGCGAGAACUUUUAAAAGCCAUUGAAGACAAAGAAGCACGAUCAAGUAAGUGAUAAGAGUACUUUGGUUGUUUGAGGCGUCGUAGCUUCUUACCCUCUUUGUUGUGCCGCGCGUGAAGCAGAGGAAUUUAUAGCGGGGCUCCCGCGCGCGCGAAGCGCGCGUGGGACAGAGCCCCAUACCCAUGGAAUAUGGUCAACCUCUUUUCGUUUGGUUGUCACGUGAUUGACCGAGCGUACGUACGUACGCGUCUACAGAUUGUAUGGGUGGGGUAGGGGAGACUAUCAAAAGGAAGGGAGGGGUGUCUCAGGCGUGUCUUGGCAAGUCCACAUCUUUAAUAUAGGACAUUAACAAUAUGGUCAAUUAACAGCUGUCCAAACAGGAUAGCCACUGACCAGUAUCCCAUGACCAUAUCGCGGGCUCAUGCGUCAACUCAUCGAGGUGACGUGAUUUAUUUGAAAGCUGUCCGCUGACCAGUUAACUGUUUUACUAGAUCAGGAACAACGUUCAAUCUCAUACUUUUACUAGUUUAGGAGCACAGGAAAACUGAUAAUGCACACAUAUUGGACAUCAAUGUUUUGAUCAAUUGACAGCUGUCAAAACAGAGUACCCGCUGACCAGUAUCACUUGACCGUAUCGCGGGCUCAGGUGUCGACCCGUCGAGGUCAAGUAUUUUUUGAAGUUAUCCGCUGACAAGUAAACUAGUUUUCAAGUGAUCGCAGGCUCAAGUUCAAUUUUUUUUCUUAAUUCAUAUGAAAUAUGUUGUGUUUAUGUGCUGCACAAUUAAAAUUUUGAUUGCAAACUGACCUCGGACGUGAAAAUUCAGCCAGCUGUUACAGGCAGGGAAGACAGUUGCUUUUGUUUUUUCUCACAAUGGUCACGCGUUGGUCACGCUCUACGUCCAAUUUUUAUGCUCUGAUUGGUCAAAAUUUGACAGGUGAGUUCAUGCGCAAAAUUUAUGCAGCAUCUUGAAUCUUGUUUACUUUAACAGCUGAAGCUGACAGAGUUUUGUGUCAACUUGUGAUGUUUUUAACUGUCUUUUUCCACUGGAUGUACAAAAUGAAAUUCAGCUGCUAUCAGGAGUCUUCUGUUACUCAUGGCUAGUUUGUUUAUUGGGUUUUUGGUUGAGAAAACGUCGCUUGUCAAAGUCGGAAAUCCGAUUUCGGAUGGCAUCGUUUUCGUUUUCACCUUGCUUGAUGCGUAAGAGGAUUGCAAAGCCUGAAGCGAUACUGGCUUUACAUGAUAACUUUCAGGAGCUGCAUCUCGAAUGGUAAGCCAGAGAAAUUAUUGUAUUUCAUGUUUGUUUUUUGUAUCUAAUUUAAUGAAGUGGAGCGUAGUUUAUGCGGGAAUUUAGUUUAUGCACGUUUGUAAGAUUUGAGACAACGAUCUCACCGAGUAUCUGGUUUGAUAUAAUCUUACAGAACUUUAAAAAAAGCUUUAGACAGUUUCUCACCGCAAAUAGAAAGAAAAUGUUCCAAAGAAUCUUUAGUUAUAAUUCCAGCCGGAAAAGAAAGCUUUGAGCGAUUUUCUUGCCUCGAGUUCGUCUUUGAAAAAACAAACACCGGGAAGCUGGCUUAAAACAUAAACUUCAGCAAACUUAAGCUUGAAGCUUGAAGAUUCAGGAUAUUUAGGGACACUUUAAUACUUGUCUUCCUGAAUGAAAAUUGUAGUCUCUGUUUAUGUUUCACCGAAUUAUAUUUCUUUUAUUGAUUGUUAGUAGUCUCUCUUGCAAUUUUAAUCGCUAUGCCGAUUGUUUUCAGUCGUUCAGUGAACAUCGCUUGCAGGAGUUCUCAAAAUUCCGCGCGUUAAACCAUCAAAUAAAAAAUAAACAUGAUAAAUUCUUUAUUAUCUUGGAGCGUAACUCUGUUAAUGUUCAUUCAAACACUCGCUACAGCUCGCACUACAAAAGUGAGAACCGGAUGGCCGUAUAGGUGAUUUUGGAAAAUUUUUUUAACAGUUUAUGAAUAUUGAAUGAGAGCAAUUUGUAUUGUGAAGUACUGCUUUCUGUCCAUGGUAUAAAAGGUUGGUCUACACGCACCCAGAUUUGUUGGCAAGAUUUUGCAAAGUAAACUUGUCGAACGCCAAAACGUUGGCCUGGUUUUUUUUCUAAGCCUAAUUGAUCUACGGUGAUCAAUAGCCAUUACGGCUCUUAAAUGUGAUAAAAGAUGAUUACCAGUUUUUGAGUGUACAUAUGAGGCUAUCAACUCGAUGUAAGAUUUGGGUCACUCUUGGGCUGUUUGCAAAUUAUUUUUCUCUAAAAUCAGGUAGCCUUUCCCUCAAAAGUCACAUAAACGUGCUCUAAAGUUAACUGAAUUGUGGAAUUCGAAUACAAGUUUAUUGUUUAAUUUAAAUUAUAAAUUUACUAAUGGGAGCCUCGCUUUUAGCCCUGGCUAAAUCUAUAUAUUAGAAUAUUACUGCCGGCAGAUUUUAACUUGAUCUUUUGAAAUCCAUGAACUUUAACGGAUGAUUUGUUUUCCAAGAACAGUUUUUGGAGAAAUAUCCGCUUAACUGAGAAUGGCAGAAAUGAAAUGUAUACACUGUAAAUAUUUUUAAAACCAGCAACAGCCCUUGGUAUUUAUAAGCUCCAGUUUGGCUUAUCUGUAGAUGGCAAUUUAAUAUUUUCCUGACUACUAAUGAGUUACACGCCGGUACCAAACAAAAUGUACAAAAUGCACGGUUCUAGAACUAAGGGUGUGAUUCUUUACUAAAAUCCAAAUCUGGCAGUUUUUAAUCCGUAAACGGAUAUUUCGUUGCAUUUCUAAAAUCCAAAAACGGAUUAUUGAUCCAAAUGAACCAUAACCGAGGUGGAUUGUCUGGAUCAGUAUCCAAAACCGGAUAUUUUGGAUACAUGAUCCGAAUCCAGAGAUCCGAAUCCACUGCUUGUCUUUACGGCCAUUUUUGAACCCGGUACAUGGAUUAAACGAUCGAUUUUAUCCGUUUUAUCGGGGUAGUAAAUUGCAAUACUAACAGGACCUAUAUAGUUGCUCUUGUUUACAAGGGCAAAACUGCUACACAACUUCGCCGGAGCGUCUUGCAAGACUUUACUUUUCCUGGAGUCAAUUUAAUAAAACUUUUACAAGUGUAAUUUACAAGCGUAGCCAUUGUUUUAGGGUCCGAAAACAACCGCUACACUUGUAAAUUACACUUAUAAAAGUUUUAUUAAAUUGACCCCAGGACAUAUCUUAUUCCAAGGUUCACAUCUUCUGUCCCGUCUGAAGGAGUAUCCUUGAGCUAAUGGUCCAGAUACGAUGAAAGAUCAGCAAUAUUGCAACAUUGUCAGCAGCUGUAUUAUUCUUUCGCCGGUGUGGGUCGGUUUGAAAACGAAUGAAACUAAUCCUUUUUUGCAUACAUCCUUUCUUUUCUUGACGAAAAAUCCCAUAUGAUCCGGAUUUUUGAUCUGACCUUGCGUUUUAGUAACGAAACGCACCGUUAAACAAAAUUGCCGUACAACUAAAUGACACUGAAAUACAUGUGACAUGCGAGAGAAAAAAAAUACAAAAAACAGGUUAGGUACCUCAUACAGUAGAAGAUCACCCAAAAGUAUUUUAAUAGACCGUUAGAAAAAUCAGAAACGUGUGUACUUACAAAUGCAACCUCCGUACGAAUGCGCAAUUUACAACAAACGAAUAGUAACAGAUAAGAGAAUAAAACGUUUCCGAUGCAUAGUUUCCAACCUUUUCUAGACUGUAGCCUCUAAUAAGUCACAGACAAGGAUUUGGAAGCUUAUGCUGCAUUUUAAUUCGUGGAUACGCACGAGCUCUUGUAGGCACUGCGAUGUGCAAACGUGUUUCUCGCCUACUCACUAAUGGUAGACACAUCUUAGUAAUUAGUCUCGGCCCCGAACGAGAGCGCCUGUCAUCAAAACGACAACUGUUGUAGAUCGAUCGUGUGGAUUCAAAGCGACAACUUUCCGAAUUUCUAUCAAAACCACGUGCUCAGACAGAACUGUAACAAGAAACGAACACGUGCGGCAGUUCCUCGAGAAAUUCGCACCUAAGCCGGGGUUGGGAGGCGAACAAUAGUGCUUAACGCCCUGCUAACUGUGUAGGGGAGGGAAGAUAAAAUUCUAAGACCCAGGCACUGAAAAAGCACUGACAAGCUGUACUCAGGUCUUAUCAUAUCAUUUUAUUUAUGGUAGUUAAGUAUCUUCCUUGCGAGUCUAUCUUUUUGUCGAGGGUCGAGGGUAUAACAAUUUUUUUUCAAUUUUAUAUGUAAAAAAUAAAAAGAUGUUUUUUUUUUCAAUUAAAACAAUGCGUGGACAUUCGAAUUCGUUAAAAGCAAAGACCCUUUUCCCUCCCUGUGAAGGUAGAGAGGUCGUGCCUAAAAAAUAUCAUAGAGCUUAGGCCACUUUUUGUGGAGGAUGUAAACAAACGACGGCGAAGUUUUCUUCCUCCUUCUUAACUUGGCUAUGGUUCUCUGGAAUUCCGCUCCAACAAAAUUCGCCUACAUUUUACAAAGUAGGUGAGUAGAGGAAAAAUCGCGAUGAAGAUUGAACGAAGGCGAAUUCACUUUUUAAGCGAUAUGUUUUCACCGCUGUCGCCAUCAUCGGAAUUUAAUGUCCCUCCUGAAGUGUCCUUUAUGGCCCUGUUAUGUAAACUUGUUAUGAGACUUUUUACUUUGGUAUCGAUUUCUUAACUUGAUGUUUUUGUUAUGUUUUCCACGCUAUUGCCCUCACUGAAUAUUUAUACGUUUAUUAAAGGGCGUAAAGAGGCAAAAAAGAAGGAAGUGGAGGGAAAUGAUAUCUCAGAAAAUGUUUGUUUUGCCGACAACGAAGACUCCUCCGAUACUAGUCCAGAACGAACUGAGGGUGAGGCUGAUAUUUCUUAACUCCAGUUGUCGAUGAGUGUUAAAAUGAAUUAGUUUUAACUUGCGUAGCAGGCGCCGGUUAUUAUUAUUUUUUUCAACAAACCUUUUGUCAAGCAGGGGUGGAUCCCGGCGUCAAAUUAACGAAAUUAUUACAAGUGUAAUUAACAGGCGUAGUAAACAAUGGAAAAUACACUUGUAAAAGUUUUAUUAAAUUGGCCCGAAGAGUUUCGUAAACUAAGGUCCAAAUAAAACAUGGCUGCAAUAGUGGGGCACUAUCGCCUUCCGCUCAAUCCGUACCGUUCGACGGUGAAAUGAAUCCCACUAGAAACUGAUACCUUCCUUCUUAAGUAUUGACUCGCGAGAACAGACCCCUCUCCUUGCUGGUGAAAUUUGUAGCCUGGUACUGGGUACUGGGAACUUUAAUAGGCUUACCCAAUGAUAAAUCAAUGUCUAGUGAUUUCAUAAGUAAUCAAUGACUGAAGGACCGUUUCAAAAGGAAAAACAAGCGGAAGCGACUCUGGCCUUCAGACCAAAUCGCCAGAGGAAAAGAGGUGAUCUUGCGGCGAGGCUUUUUGCAUGUGGAGGGCACAAAGAGAUUACACUUUGGCUCUGGUCGUUCUGGGAAAGUUUGUUAAGUGUUUGAUCUCCCGAUUAGAAGCAAUUGGUACCAACAUAGCUCUGAAGGAGUCACUGAGAAUGAAGUAAUGCACUGAUAUUAUGGGAGUUUACCGUACUGAAACCAAUCGUGACAUACAUCACCGUAAGCCUGAUGCAAUUUUUCAUGGAAAGAAAAACAAAAAAAUUGCGCGUCGUAGACAUUGCGGUGCCUGGCGAUACUCGAAACGUUGAAAGCAGAGAGAGAGAGAAACAAGGGAACACAAGGCAAGGGAAAUAAGAAACAAAGCUUUCCGGUAGCUAAAAAAAAGGGGUGCCAGUCAUUGUGGGAGCUCCUGGCGUGACACCAGAGGAAAAAAAAAAGCCUUAGAACUUAUCAAAUGUGUGGACUUCAUGAACGCCCACCAUUUUGAGCAUGGUUUUUGAAGCCAAAGGGAACGGGGCCAGACCAGGACCCCGUGAGAAUUAAAGAUAAUUGUUUAUUAAUCUGGAGAUACAAUCUAUUAGCAUGACGAUAUUGCUGGUCGUAACAACAUGUCAUUGUGUGGUUCCAGGAAACAUCCAUAACUCCCCCACAAAGAGUGCUUUUCUUUUAGACCCCGUUCCCCCUGCCAUCGCCUGAAAUUUAUUGUUCAGUCCGCAGUCUAGGUAUCUACAGAUUAGAAGUAACGACUUUGAUUCUGAGGAUCAGAAUAAAGUCAAGUUAUUUUUUUUUUAGCGGACACUUUUGCGUGUAUUAAACAAUUUGUUCAUUAUUGAAGGGAUGGAAGAUACAAUCUCACUAGAUGACUUUAUUCAACCUUCUGUUAAAUGAUGGUGCAUUCAACGGCAAUAUUGCUGAUACACAAUUGUAAUAUUCUGCUGCCCCCACAAGCUGUCAUGGUCGGGGCGGGGAAAUGAUUUAGUCUGUUGGUGCCAGUUGCCUUCCCGUUGCAGCGCAAUUAUCCCUGAAAUGUAGUCCGGACCCCAAUUCAAUCUUCUACUCUACGGAGAUUGUCUGGAAAUGUGACCGGGAACGACAGACUCGUUAGGCUGUAUUACGGAACACGGAAGAAAACACCAGUUUGAACUCCAUUUAUUUUUGCUUCAACCACUUUCGCUUGAAUAACCUUUAAUUCAUUUCCCACGCUCACAAACCAUUAGUUGAUACUGUGCUUUAAUUGUCUCUUUAAGGAUCUCAAUGGUGCAAGACUAGAAGCACCAAAGUAAAAAGAGAAAUCAUUACUAAAUGUACGUCACGCUUUUUGUAGGUCAUCCAGAUCCUUACGAUAGCACUGCCGAAAAGGUGUCUCUUGGAUACGGGGCGGGAGGAAGCUACGAUGGUUCAGAGGAGACAAGAACCGAAGUUGAAAUUGUCUGCAAGCGAGAUCUGUACAAAGGUAAUUACGUCAGUUUAUUAAACAAACACACAUGAAAUAAACGCCAUCAUUGUGAGAUACAUUUAAUUCAUUCUAAGGGUUACGAUUUCCUUGUAAAAAAAAAAAACAAGGGUGGGAGUUGGAGUUCACAGACCUCACUCAGGCUUAGACUGAGAUAAAGAGACUGUGGUGUAAAAGGAAAUUGCGUUAACAUUUUUGUUUUCAACGUGCUUAUCAUGGCUUUUUUAUCCAAAAACUGCGUUAGUUGGCGAAGAAGAUGUGACAUCUUACGGAAAAGAAUCUUUAUCGGUUGAUGAAUCUUGUGAGGUAGAAGUAGAUGAGCCAUCUACCGAUUCGCCGCAGCUUCCAACUGAGGAUGCACAUGACAUUAUUCAAAGCAAAAGUGACCAAGGUGAGUUCAUUCUCUUUUUCUUUUUUUAUCCUUUUCGCUCAGCAAAUUUUGUAAACACAGUAAACACCGGUCAAAUAGGAACCUAACUCUAAAGUCUAGCAAAAUAGGUUCUUGUAGUUUGGGGUACUUAUUGGUAAUUUAGGUUUAGUAGGUUGGUAAUUAGUUUUGUGAAUAAGAUAUGUUUAUCGCCAGGAAUAUCAUAUUAUUUUUGUUAUAUUUUUGCCGAAUGAUAGCUGUAGUCUUCUCUAAAUCUUUUCGUGCUCAUCGCGUGAAUGUUAAAAAAGGUAUGACGUAAGAGUCGUCAUUCUUAAUAUGUUCAAUGCGCCUGUAAUAACAGGCCGCGUCCAUGCGUAUCCAGAUAUUUUUUAAAACGGAUUUUUUUUUCCCUCCUUUGUCCAAAAAAAAUACGCGUCCAAACGUAGGGUGUUCGAAUCGUUUUUGCCCGUCCACAUGAAAACGCUAAAACGGUGGAAAUACUAGUCGUAUAUGAUGUAUGACAUCAUCAUACUCGAAAACCUCUACUUCCGUCCGUCCACACGUAGACGAGAAGCCGGCGUCUUUGAAAAGAUGCGUUUUCGGUGACCGUUUUCACCGAAUACGUGUGGACGGGGCCUUAAUGAGCAAAAGAAAAAACAAUUCUCCCCGGCAUCAUACUUUUUUGUACAUUUCGUUGUCUUCACUGCACGACUACGUGGUGAAAUAUGCAAUUUCAUUUUUUGUGGACGACGUAAACAAGGGAGGGCGAAAUUUUCUUCCUCCUUCUUAACUUGGCUAUGGUUCUCUGGAAUUCCGCUCCAACAAAGUAGGUGAUCGCAAAGAAGAUUGAAAGAAAGCGAUUUCACUUUUUAAGCGAUAUGUUUCUACAGCCGUCGCCAUGGUCGGAUUUUAAUGUCCCUCCUGAAGUGUCCUUUAUGGCCGUGUUAUGUAAACUUGUUAUGACACUUUUUACUUUGGUAUCGAUUUCUUAACUUGAUGUUUUUGUUACGUUUUCCACGGUAUUGCCCUCACUGAAUAUUGAUACGUUUAUUAAAGGGCGUAAAGAGGCAAAAAAGAAAGAAGUGGAUGGAAGUGAUAUCUCACAAAAUGGUUAUUUUGCCGACAACGAAAACUCCUCCGACUCUGAUCCAGGACGAACUGAGGGUGAGGCUGAUAUUUCUUAACUCGUGUAGUCAGUAAGUGUUAAAAUGAAAUAAUUUUAGCCUGCGUAGCGGGGUCCGCUUAUUAUUUUUUUAGCAAACCUCAGGAUAACCACCAGUGGAUCCAGGAGUCAAAUUAACGAAGUUAUUACAGGUGUAAUUAACUAGCCUGGGGCCAGGCUCCGCAUUGGGAAAAAAAGGGAAAAAAUCGGCGAGCGAAGCGAGCUGAGAGGUAGUCUGGGGAGAGGGAAAGGGUGGCGCCUCCCCCAGGCCACCGCUGGGCUUGCCUCUCUUGCCGAUAUUUUUCCUAUUUGACCCCGUGGGAAUCAGUGCCAAGGUAAUGAUGUCCAGUUCUACUCUGGUAAAAAGAGCACACUAAAAUGGCUUACAAAAAUUCGAAAGUUGAUUUGAACGGGAACUCCCUUUCAGUUUCUUUCCAUACUGACCGUAAAAAAUGUGGACCAUUUGUUUUAUUCUACACGUUGAGAUUUUGUAUCUGUGAAGAACAGAAUUUUUGUUGGUUCUUUCUAAAAAUACUGUAAAAUUCCGAAAAUAAGCCCCUCAAAAUAUAAGCCCGCCAAACUCGUAACGCAAAAAACCCUCCGUUAAAUCGCCCCUCCAAAUAUAAGCCCCCCGGGGUCUCGUACUUGAAAAUUGCCCUCAACUUUACAAAGUAAAACAACUAGCAAAAACGGUAAAUUUCCCUCCAACUAUAAGGCUAGCCCAAUCGAUUUUGAAACGCAAAUUUCCCUCCCUACUAUUCAAUUAACUAUCAAUCUGAUUCUACCCAUCUCAACUUUUUUAUUUUUUUUCUCUCUACAUUCCUGCCUACGUUGAGAAUAUGUGAUGCCGAUUUUUUGGGAAAUUUAGCGAUCUUCAAGAUUUCAUUCAAAUCUUGGGCGUUACAAAGAAUGCAUAUUUCAGUCUUCCGUGAUUACGCGUGACGAUACACGUUAGUCAAGCUUGUAAAGUUUACCCGGGUAAUAGGGUUACCCUGUUAAAAUACCUUCUGUAAAGUAUCCUUUUUUUAAGCAAGGAUCAGUUAUGGAGUUCACAGACCUCACAUAGGCUUAGACCGCGAUAAAUUAUUGGUUUAAAAGUAAAUUGCGUUAUUUUUUGUUUUCAUCGUGCUCAUGAUGGCUUUAUUUAUCCAAAAACUGCGUUAGUUGACGAAGAAGACGCGACAUUUUACGGAAAAGAAUCUUUGUCCGUUGAUGAAUCUUGUGAGGUGGACGUAGCUGAACCCUCUUCCGAUUCACCGCAGCUUCCAACUGAGUUUGCUCAUGACAUUUGUCAAAGCAAGAGUGGCCAAGGUGAGUUCCUUCUCUUUUUAAAUGAACUUUUCAUUUUUGCUUGUUUGAUUUUUAUGCUUUUUGUUCAACAACUUUUGUCGUGCUUGUGAUAUUAAAAUGGUAGUGCUCCCUAAUACGUGUCCUUGGGUUCCUGAGGGUAAGGAUGUGAGGAGCGGCGCAAGAAAGCUUUUUAAUUGAAAAGGCGCGUUGAUAGAAGCAAAUACACCCCUACAUUUCUGCGCAAAUCGGGAAGUUAAACUUUUAAGGAUUCCUUUCAAACCAUUUGUGCUAUAGGUGGAGAAAGGAUUGAAACUAUGACUUACCGUAUUUGAAAAUUCGAUUCUGUGUAGAUCUAACUUUUGCACAUGUACUAAUUAGCACUACAUUCUCAUUUUUCGUAUGAAUCAUGAAACCGGCGUUUUUAAAUAGUUUUUUUCCGAUUUAUUUGAGGUCACUUCGUGUGGAUAUGCAUGUACUAAAACAAUAAGAAUAACAGAAUAAUUAUUCUUCUUUUCAAUCUGAGUAGAUUCUGACCUGCCGAGUUGGCGGGGUAAGACAUUUAUCCCGAUACUGUAUGAAGCGAGCUACCCUGCGAGCAGAGGCUACAUUUUCGCAGUAUGAGCUGGCGUGCGAAAAGUAGCUACUUUUCGCACGCCAGCUCAUAACGCGAAAAUGUAGCCUCCGCUCGCAGGGUAGAAGCGAGCCAGCCCGUAGCCACCAUCUACAGGAAUGCAGAUUUAAAGCACUGCGCCUAAGCACUGUGUUACCCGCUUUCCUGUUGCUUGUUUGGUUUGCCGGGCUGGCUCACCCAGCAUGAUAACCCAGUUAGCUAGGAUCCCUGGAUCACAAUACCGAGAUGGCUGAGUUGUCAUGCAAUCACGAGAGAUAUUUUUGUCUGUGUCACUAACAUGCUUGGAUUUUAACAAAUUAACCCAGCCCGUGAAUUCGGUCCAGCCCUUUAGGAAUAUAUAUCACAAUUUCGGUUUCUUUUUUUUUUUCUGGUUCUGGGUACCUUAUCACGAAGGAACAAAGGAAAAAACACGUUUUUGUUGCCCUUAUUAGAGGACCUUGACUGGUUUUAUAACACAGAGCAUUUUCCAAAAUUUUUUUCAGAGUUAAUACGAACCCCUCACGGACUCUCUCUGAAAGUGGAAGGCACAGAUGCAAUGGAUGUUGAUGUCCCCUCUCCUAAGAUCUCUGAGGAAUAUCGUUUUGUCAGUGAUGUCUACAACAGGUAAACCUUGCUUUGAUGGAAACAAUAUUUAUAGUUUUAGUCAAGGCUAAAAAAGAAGUUCCCGUUAAGAUAUUUUUAAUGUACUUCAACCAUAAACAUCGCCAAUCUUCACUCUUAGUAAUUUUCUGUGGAAGCUCUUUUUCUUGGCGGCUGGGACUAUCUGGGUCACAAUACAAACCUAGGGAAUCAACAUUCUUAUUACUAAGGAGACUUGGGUUUAGGGGGAAUUUCGUGGUCAGAAAUUAAUUUUGUUUACAGCACCAGGAAAAUCUUGGACAGUCAAAAGAUAUUGGGAUAUCUUAUCUGGAAUGAUUAAUUGUCUUGAGAUUUAGAAAGCUUGGUGUAAAUGCUUAAAUGUACUUAAUUCUUCUUUUUUUUUCCAGGAAAUUUGUUGAGAACGUUCUACACUACACAAUCACACUGGAAAAGGGAGAUGCAGAAGCUGUUUUGAGGCCAAUUAAUGCAGUUCUCAAUUCAGGUGGUGGCAUUGUCAUGAUGAAAAUUGAUGACUUCUCUAACUUUGAAGCUGGAGACCUAAAUAAGAAAAUUGAAACAUUUUGGCAAACAUUAGAGCAAAAGCUGAACCCAAUGAUCCAGCCAUCAACAUAUGAUGAUGUCUUUGAUAAAAAACUUGAAGGAGACACAAUUCUUCUUUUCAUCAAAGCAACAAACCAUUUAUGUACUGUGGAUUACAAUAUGCAUUUGCCCUUUGAUGCAGCAUCUUUGUCACGUCCGACUUAUGAAAAAGUUGUUGAUUUAUUAUCCAGGAGAGAAUCUCUUAAAAACCAUAUCCCUAAGGUUCCUUUAACAGACCUUCCUAUUGAUUUGUUACCCAAACAAUUCACAUACAAGAAAGUACUAGAUUUCCAUGAAUCAAAACAAGUGCAACUGAAAUAUUUCACAUCAAAGAAUGGACUAUUUCACUCCAAUAACCAAAGGGCUCAAGACAAAAUCGCAGAACAAAUCUCCUCCUUCGGAAAUGGAAGUGGAGGGAUGAUUCUUAUUGGUAUUGAGGAUAAAACAGGAGAAACUCUUGGACAAGAGAUUACAGCGGAUGGCAAAGCAGAAUGGGAGAGUGGGUUUCAAGCCAUGAUUAACCAAAUGAGCGAAACAUGGAGCUUUAUCCCAAUUCAGGGUGAACACUGGGAUAUAGAGUUCUCUCCUGUUGAUGGCACCAAAUCAAGUUUUGUGAUAGUGGUUCGUAUUGCUGGCAUGAGGAACUUGGGUGGCAUUUUCACAAAAUGCCCAAAAAGCUUUGAGCUGCUGAAUCCUUCAGGAUCUGAUGGAGAGGAAGAGAUUGUACCCCUUGAUUUCCAUGAGUGGAAGCAGAGAAUGCUGCAUAGCACAUGCCUAGGUCAAAGUAAAGGUGAGUGCGUCAUUUAUCAGAGGGCCAUCACUGAUUAGCUUACCCUAGACAUGCUAUUUCUUAAUGUCUUGGUGAUUGUCAAGUAAUAUAUCAAGCAUGAGACGCAUGUCUCAUCACCAGAUGAAACACUGAAAAGAGAGUUGAAAACACGACACACAUCAGAGUAUUUUUGACGAACCUUUGAGAUGUUUCAUGUGGUGAUGAAACACUGUGUUGAAUGCCUGAUAUUACUUCACAAACAAAAUGAUUGCAGAAAGAGAAAUUAAGGAUGCAAAAAUGAGCAGUUUUUCAUCUGAUUUCCAAACACUCAUUAAACAUUAAUUUCCUUUGUAUUUUCUUUAUGAAUUAUGAAAGUUCUAUGUGAGCCUGCAGCCAAGGAAAGUUGUGACUAAACUUGGCGUUACAUUAUUUUGCAUCUUUAUUUGAUAAAGAACCACAGUGACAAACAUGCAACAAAUCAUUUAUAAUCUUUUGAAAUUGUUGAGUACAAUAUCCAGAGUUCUUCAAACCAACAUGUUGAGUCUGACAUUGUUGUUGACUCAGUAUAUCAAGCAUGAGACGCAAUUUUUCAUCACUUUUGACGAAUUUUGUGGUGUUUCAUCUGUUGGUGAAACAUUGUGUCGAAUGCUUGCUAUUACUUCCCAAACAAAAUGAUUUUAGAUUGAGGAUUUAAGGAUGCAAAAAUGAGCAGGUUUUCAUCUGAUUUCCAAACACUCAUUAAACAUUGAUUUCCUUUGUAUUUUCUUUAUGAAUUAUUAAUGAGUUUGAUAAAGUAAUCUAUGCUAUUAGUAUACAUGUAUGAUUAUAAUAGCAACAUCAACAUAUUAUUUCUUAAGAAAAAUCAAAAUUAUACAAAAUUAAUUGCCUUGCACAUAGCUACUAAGCUAAUCAAAGGUGAUAACACUGUUACAAAAAGAAAAGAAACACAAUAAUUAUUACAAGCAGAAGUAAGCACUGAAAGUGAUGUCAUUAUUUUGCCAUAGUAGCUUAUUAUAUGACUGUCUGUUUACGCCAUGCCAUUGGUCAAUUUGCGGUCCUUAGCUUGCUAUGUGGACCAAAAUCUCAAAAAAAAGGUUUGAACAAAGUUUUAAGAUGUCUGUCAACCAUGAGGACUUGGAUGUUGACUCCUUGCUUCAACAUUUUAACCUGAGAUAAAUUAUAUUAAUGAAGGCGAUGAAGAAACUGAAUCUUAUCGAAGAAGAGAAUUCUAGUCAGUGCUUGAAACUUUUAAUCACAGUCAACAGUUAAGAAGACGAAAAUCGACAGAGAGAGAUUCAAGAUAAGAGAAAACAAGUGAUUCCUUCGACAAAUACUAGCAAACAUACCUGCACCUGAUCAUCUUAACAGGCUCCUUGGCUAUUUGCAGUGUUCCAUUUAUACAAGGAAAAAUAAGACGCGUCUUACAUAAGACGCGAACUUUCCGCAUAAACGGGACAUUUCGUCUGAAAUAAGACGCGGCUUAGCAAAGACGCGUCUUAUUAGAUAAGACAUGCUCGUAUAAAUGGUACAGUUCGCGUCUUAUUUAAGGCGCGUCUUAUGUAAGACGCGUCUUAUUUUUCCUCGUAUAAAUGGCCCUAAUGUCCAGUUUUUGAAAGACUCUAGGGUCACAUUAGCGAGCGAAUUGACUGACUAAACUUUUUCAACAUGGUACAUUUGCAUCUUAAUUUUGCUUUCAAUGGAAAGCCUUUAUAAUGUGUGCUAUUGUGUCUGUAAGCCAAUUUAACUUUCAUUUUCUAACACCUGUCAAAUGAUUGUCAAAUCGCUUGUCCUGCACUUGUUUCUGGUCCCUCAAACAGGAAGCCAUAUAAUGUAAAUCAAAUAUGUGAUGGAUAAACUCAAUUUGAUUCUUCCGUAAAAGAUCCGAAUCAAUCAUUAUACCCGAAUUUUUAGCAAAGUCCUUCAUCUCUAAUUGUUAUUCGAGUAUUUGAAGUUGGAUUGAAGAUCUUGAUCUGAUCUUAUUUCUGGCAUAUAUGUAUUAUUUGGUUGAUACAUUGGUAGAUGUUUAAAAAGCUAGAAAAAUGGCCGUUGACAUGUCUAUUUUCAAAAUAAAACUUUUCAUUCAUCUAAAUCAUUUCUGCCCCUGACUGAACAACAUUGAUCAUAGUGGGGGUGGGGCAAGGGGUCAUGGCGGUAACAAAUUUGCAGAAUGGGUGCCCUAUGGGUGGGUAAAACUGCUUUUCCAAGGUUGUGGGGUGGUCAAUUUCAGGACUGCAGUAAAACCCCACAACUAGGAACCUGGAUUUUAAGACCCUGUUGGGCUAAAAUAUUCCAGUUUUAUAACCCCCUCUGUAGUAAAAAAUUCUAUGAAAAAAUUCUGUACAAUUGGGCAGUUAUUACUGAGAUAAGUCAGCAUUCAGAAUCCUCUUUGGAGACCUGAGUGCCUUAUCACUCCAACUGCAAUUUAAACACCAGUUCGGUCUUUGAGCUCAAUGAUUUAGUUUUUCCUUCAUUUUUACCUAUCUUCAAAUUUGGUAUGCAGAUUUUAUAUGAGGAACAAGCUGAACCACUAAAUGCUCUUAGCUAUAUUGUUUUUCUUCAGAAAAUAAGAACCUAUUUAAGAACCUAAAUAGCUUAAACGUGUGCUAACUGCCAUUUACAUAAGAGCCUGUUUCGGCUAACUUGGAAAAAUCAAGGUUAUUUGUCGUGGGGUUUUACUGUAAUGUUUUCACAACCUUAACUUAAAACUGCUAUGUGAAGGGCUUGAAAACUGACUGAAAUGAACUUUUUAUUCUAAGGUACCAGGGAAGCAAGGGAAAAAUUUCGAUUGGUAGAACGUUUAAGAGGACCUUUGCUGACUGUCCAAGGUUCUGUUGAAGAGAUUGUGAAAGCGUUCUUUCCAGGUAUUUUUCAAUAAACUGUUAGUAGAUCGUCCUUACCUCUUCCCCAAGUAAUGACAUUUACUGUUUAAUUAUGUAUAAUCUUUUUGAUGCAUACAAAUUGUUUCGUAGGGAGCUUCUUGACUGUUUCCUUGCUUGAGGUUGUUUCUUGGGUUUUGCAGGCUGGAUCAGAAACUAUGUAACUCAUAGUUUAACCUUUUUCUCUAUUUAUUAUCAAACAUUAGUCACAGCUUUCUGAUUGUCAACACCCAUCCAUACAAUGUAAUAAAUUAUUGUGCAUCGAAAGCUGAAACUAGGCAAGCUUAGGUUACAUCUACAUCUACACUUUAUUAAAUUAAGUCGGUAAAAAUCGCGAUAUAUCACACCAACUGUUCCAAAAACGAAAUUAUGCAAUACUAUAAAAUCUGAAUAAAACUAAUGCAACAUUAAAAAUAAUUAACUAACUUAGGUUUAAAACUAUCUACGGGCGUAGUUUGGUAUGACUAUCAUUCAUCACGUUGUGUUAAAUAAUGCAACCUCCUUCGUUUACAUUGUACUGUAAAUUUCAGUUACAAAAGCCCUUAUUUUCUGUAAAGAAAGCUGUAGCAUGUUUUGAUAAUAUCAUACUCAGGGUUCUAUCCAGGGUAUUUGAGGGGUAGAAGCUUCCCCCCAAAAUGCCCAGCUUUCCGCCCAAAAAUAUUGUUAUCAUUACCGUAUAUAACUAACUAUAUCGGAAAAAUCAUCCAAACGCGACGAGGUCAGUGCACACACUGUAACAUUUCUCAAAAUUGUGUCUUAAAAUGCAUCAGAUGGCAUCUCAGCGCAUAUUCAUUUAAAAAAUUUUCCGGAGGAGCAUACCCCCCGACCCCCCUAAAUAGAUAAUGUAAUGAAUCGAUAUAAGGGAUAAGUACCGAGUACUAAACAAGAGGUAAUAUUCCAAGAAUUACUCAAACCUUCUCCUUGAGUAACCAUGUGCAGUUCGUCAAGAUGAACAGAAUUCCUUUAUCACCGCAGGUACUAAGUAAAUAGUCCGCUGUUUUGUAAUCAGUGUCUAGAGAGUCAGAUCAUUUUGGGCUGUGGCCCCCAUGUGCGUAUGUUAUUUUUCCUGUUAGUAAGAGGUUUCGUGACUGCAUAGGGAAAUGGCAGAAAAAUAAUACACCCGUAUUACAGUUGAACAACUUGUGUUGCACUGCAGCUAAUUCCGAUAUUAUGUUUUGUUUUGAAACCAACCGUCCCUGUUGACUUGAGUUUAUUGAACGUAUAUAGCUUGCAUAGCUGGAGCUUUUGUUGGGAAGGGGUGAUGGAGGGGCGUGCGUGCGAGAAUAGGGCUCGGUCGCCUGACAAAACCGCUAUAGUCUGUAAAAAAGAAGAAGUGAAAAAGAAGGGUAUGUUCCCGCCAUUUUUUACAUUUUCAAUUCAUUCUACAAAUAGAUCUGCGUCAUCGUGAGUUAAGAAGUGUCAUUUUUUACAGGUACCCAGAAUAAACCCUCUUAGGGUCUCCUCCUGCUAACAUUAUUUUUGCAUAAGAUUGUAUCGUGGUUAACAAGGUUUGAUUGUGUCUUUGUCAUUUCUUAUUUAGUUGGGCCCGGAUGUGAAGUGGUACCUAAAGGGUUUGUCUCAAACCUCCCAAAAGAAGCAAAAAUAGUGAUACGAAAAAUACAAGACCAAAUCACGAACGGCCUUCUUGUAGCUUCCCCCUCAAUGAUGUCUGCUAUCCAAAAAGAAGAGCAAGGUAAAGAAGAUGGGGUUAUAUGUGACUUGCUCCUCUUAAGUAAGUCGCCUGGACGGCUCCACCUUAUCUCCCUUGUCAGCAGUGGAUCACAAGAUCAGUUCCUCCCGCAUGUCCGUGCUACAGCCAAAGCUGUGAAGAAAUCCUUAGUGAGGAAUGGCGGUUGCUAUGAAAAGUUUUACAUCACUUACCAGGUGGUACCUUGCAACAGAGUAGGAACUGAGCCACUUGAGAUACCGUCUCUAGACAGUCGAUAUCCUAAAGAGUAUCAUCUACGUUCAUCGGCCCAAGAGUUAGUGAAGAUCAACAAAAUACUCCAGUCACUAGUAUUAGUUUUGGCGCAGUUUCGUUCUUUUCUUUCCAACAAGCAGGGGUUAACAUUUCUUAACUUGCUGACAAAGGAACAGUUUGAGUUGCUUUACAAAGAGAUUGACGAACACAGAGAGCUAUGGAUUCAGGGUCCAGCUGGCAGUGGAAAAACCGUGGUGGCUGUAGAGUUUAUUAGAAGGCUCCUCCGCCGUGACCCCAACCUUAAACCCGAAAACAUACUGUACGUUUGUGAGAGACCUGCAAUGCUUCCCCAAAUAAGGUAUGUUUCUUUCAAAUUCCAGGGUGAAGGGUUGGAUCACGUAGCCUCUUUACACCUCGCAUCCCCUUGCAGAGAUGUAAGGGAAUUCGAUGACAACUGUCCUUCUGUUAAUUAACAUGAGGUCUGAGUUAACAUGGAAAUUUAUCUCGAGCCGGUUUCUUAAGCAGUUUGGUAACUUUCUUUAUAGUUGCUAUUACGGACCUCGGUGUUUACAGUCCUUUCCCUUUCGCGAUAUGUAUUGUGAGUAGACCACAGUAACCAUUUACUGCACUCUUCGUUUAUCUCAUUUAUUCCACAGUCGGCUCGUGCGUUUAAUUCCUAAUAAAUCAUGAACCUUAAGUCCCCACAAUGAAACUACUACAACUGCGCGGUCGGCCGCUUCGCGGCCAAACAAGGCGCGCUCCGCUCGCCAAGAGGUCGACAUGUAGCAAGUCUACUCGGUGAUUAAACUCAAUCGAACGUUCUGUGCCGUCACUCGGAUUAUACUAGUAACUCUCUUUUAGCAUGUACAAACGACGGAGAAUUGUAUUGUACGUGAAACCAAAAAAGAACAUAUUUUUGACGACGUGACCCGCGUGGUCUACUUUAACGUGAACGUGACAUGUUUCGCCGGCAAACAUUUGAAUUACCUGAAAGCUUUUAGCGUAUAAUUUUUGUUUUAUCCCACGUAAUGAUACAAAAAUCUUGAGGAGCAAGUGUUUAUCCAUUAACAGAGGUACAAAUUCGGGCGUGAUAAAUCCUAUUGGAUCAUGAAAACAAGUGCCAUUCAUGGCUGCUGAUUCAAAAUGGCGGCCGUAAAAUUGCAAGAAGAAUUAAUGUAAGAAUUUACAGCUCUUUGCUGCUAGAUAACCCAGUGUUACCGUAAAUUUCUUUUAUUUUCACUGAUUGAUUUUUCUUCUAUUUCUAAAUGGAAAAAUAAACCAGAAUCUACUUCUUUAAUUCACUGAUUAUACUUACUUACGAUGAUGCAGGAAUGUGACUGUCAAAAACGUGGUCCGUUCGUUGCACUAAUUAACAUCAAAGUGCUGUAGUGUAAGUUUAAGUGUCUUUACCGCGGAUUGCACCGCAAGAAAAAUCAACGGGACGUCAUCCGUGGUGAGUUGCAAGAACUGUGAUAACUCGAGUUGUUGGGGCAACUUUUGAUCAAGGGAAACAGAAUUUAGUACGAGUUAACGGGGGAGGUCGAGAUUUUCGAGUUACCGCCGGGGUUGCACAGUACUGAGCCGCAUGCUUCGACUGCGACAAGUCUAGCUAAGUCUUGUUGCCCUUAAGGAACUACAUUAUAACAUUUUUCUCAAUAGAAUGCGCCUGUUCUUUCUCGCUAUUUAUAGGAAACUUAAGAUAUGCGAGUGCCGUACCCGAAAAGCCUUUAUGGAGGAGAGGUUUUCUCAAAUCAGGCACGUAAUCCUGGACGAGGUACAUAAUUUUCAAGCUAAAGAUGGAGAUUGGCUUGGAAAAGCUAGAACGCUCGUCAAACAACGUCUUGAACGUGAAUCCAGUGAUGAUGACUACGCCUCUGACAAUGAAAAAGUGUCGGAGUCUUGCAGCGAAUCCGAAACUGAACAGGACAACUCUGAUACAAACUCUGUCGCUGGACUGGAUCCAGAGUACAGCAUUUGGCAAAAUGAUGGCCCAGGCUAUCUGUGGUGUUUCAUGGACAAAGCUCAAAGCAUUUCAAAGAAGUUAGAAACAGGCAUACCAAAACGUUUUCGCCAGAAGUUUCAUUUGACGAAAGUGAUAAGGAACUCCAAAAGGAUCUUCGAACGCGCCGAAAAAUACCUUGAUAGGCGAACUUGGCCUCGAGCCGAAACGGCUGGAUACAGGAGAAUGAAGAAGCUUGCGGAGUCUUUUGGUCCACGGUAUAAAUUCCAACUCGAACAACAAGAACGAAGAAUUGACGUUCGGAGGGAAAAAUCAGUGACAAUAGGCCACGAUUUCGACGGAGAACAAAGUGUGGUAGAGUAUUCAAAUGGAGAACGAAUUGCUUGUUUGAUUGGAGUACUUGAGUCGCUGUUGAAAGAAGGGUACAGUAAAGGUGAUAUCGCUGUUUUGUGUUUAACUGAACCCCUAGAAGGCAAUGAACUUAAACAGUUGCAAGAGUUUACUUUAACCGUGAAUGCUGAAAGAAAUGAUGAUGACAAUAUUGUUCUUAGCACCGUGAGGGAGUAUGGUGGUUUGGAACGGCCUGUCGUCGUUAUCGUUGACGAGCUGCUCAAUUCAUCCAGAGAAAUGUGGCUUAAUCGGCUAAAUUAUUGUGCUCUCACUCGUGGAAUGGUUAAACUUAUUACUCUGAACAGAAUAUUAAGGGGGCAAAAAAGAAAAGAAAGCAAUUAACUAUUAAGAAAACAUUCUUAGCAACUGGACACUAAAAUGAGGUUUAUUAUUCAUUCAAAAUAUUUCUGAUUGGCUAAAAUCACACGCAUAAUUCAUCAUAACCAGCCACUGUUUACCAAAUUUGGAAGAAUUUUGCGAUAUUGAACUGAUGACGUCAAUAGUGCAGAAGAAGAAGACCUGGGGACGAGGUUUAGUUGUUUUCGUAGUGAGUACAAAAAUAACCGAACAUUUCACUCGUUUCACGAGCAGGAAAUAGGCGAACUAUUGGCUAAAAACAUAGCAAGAACAGCAAGAAGACAACUCGACGGACGACAUCUGCUAGUGGAGAAUAUUUUCGGGGCUAAACAACCCUUUUUAUCCUAAACGUGCUGAUUAACAUGCACUAUCGAUGGAGGUAACCAUGUUUUAGCUUGUUUUUUUUUAAUUAGGAAUUAUUGCGAAUGAAUAAUAAAACAAUUAUUGAAUUCGGCUUUCGUAUCAUCUGAAGAAUUAUGGAGAUCUCGGAGGGUGUUAUCCGCCGAGGCCUGUUGCGGAUAACACCCUCCUCGAUCUCCAUAAUUCUUCAGAUGAUACGAAAGCCGAAUUCAAUAAUCGUUAAAUCGUGAGAUUUGUGUUUCCAAAACGAGUUGCAGUAAAAACCCCAAAUUAAAACUUAGUUUUUAGAACCUAUUAGGCUAAAAUGUGCCACGUAGAUCCUCUCUAUGCAAGGAAUAGGCUGACUAUCAGCUACAAUGUAAUUAAUUUCUUCAGAAAAUGAAAAAACCUAAAUAGCAUGCUUUUGUAACACCAAUAUUAGACUUUUGCAAUUCCCUUUUAUAUGAAAUACCUCGGAAUUCUCAAAAGGCAGUUCAGAAUGCAGCAGCAAGGGCCGUCAAGUUAACAGGCAAAAGACAACACAUGACCCAUAUUUUAGAAGGGCUCCACUGGUUAACAGUUGAACAACGUGUUUUAAAAGAUAUUAUUAAUAAGUUAUAAGGCAUAGACUGUUCACAGUCCCCUAUUUUUUCGUGAGAUCGUUUAGAUAUACCGCGUUUUACCGUCACAGCUAUCUUGUUCUUCAAAUGUAUCGAGGGGGCGGGUGUUCGGAAUUAUAGCUCUGGGGCAGGCGUGGGUGGAGGGGGGCGGGGGGGCGAGGAUAAUGUCCUUCUAUUUUUCUCGCUUCCUCCCAAACCGCCCCCGUCCCCUAAGUAGUUUUGACACUCAUGCAAGAUGGCAGCCCGUAACGCAAAGCGCUCGAUCUCGAUGAUCUUACGGAAAAAUAGUGGACUGUGAACAGUCUAUAUAAGGCGCUGAAUAGUCUUGCUCCAACUUAUCUCUCUGAAUUAGUUAAGCGGUACGUACCGAGUAGGAGCCUUAGAUCUUCUAAUACCAAUCAUCUGAUCAGUAUGUCCUAUAAUCUAAAAAACGUAUGGUUACAGAGCUUUCUCAUCCGCAGCCCCUGCUCUGUGGAACGAAUUACUCCAGAAUGAAAGGUGCUGCGGUUGUCUUAAUCAAUGUAAACGUUUAGUCAAAUCUUAUCUUUUUAAGCGGUGAGGGUAAAAGGCGGAAUGAGUUUGCGGAAUGGCAUGUGGCAUGGCUUGCGAAAUGACAUAAUUAUGCGGAAUGUAAUGUAUGCAGAAUGACUUAAAGAUAUAAAUUAAACUGAAAAUUGCGUCCUUUUGUGGCGCCAUUCAAUUCACAAGCAGCCGCUUCUUUAAUGUUGCGGGCUCUACUACGAUGAAAAUCAAAAAGCCAGGGAAGACUCCUUGAUUUCUCACGGUCGGUUAGCUUUUUGCACAGCCACAAAGAUUCUACUUGCCUCUAUUAGUCGGGCUGCUGGCAGUACCGAUGCUACAUCACGAAAGUCGGCCAUUGAAGAAAAGAUGUUUCGGAAGGUCAUUCUCUCUUCUGCUUUAAUUUUUUUCUUCAAAACAUAUUUGCACGAUUAACGUCACUUUUUUUACCUUUAUUUGCAUUUGAAACCGUGUGAGAAGUGAUUCUUUGCAGACGGUGGAUCGCGUGAUUAAUUGUUCGUGAAAUAAUAUUCAGAGAUCGAACGUAUCUUGUAUUUUGUUUUCUUGGCUGAGUGGUGAAGUUUCAGGCACGCUUUCAUUUAGUCUCGAAUAUGAUCUGAUUCGUUUGCUGUAUUAAAAAUACUUAGAAUUGUGGCUAGCCCGACUUCACGUUCAGCGAGCGUUUUUUACCCUCUAGCGUUACCAUAAAGAGUGACCCUUGAUUUGAGUUUAGCCAAGUAGCACAGGUUACAUACCCCUAAAAACCCAGACAGAUUUGCGACACAGUACGUCUGCACGUAUUUACGAGGUUUAUUUCUUUUAUUUAUUUCAUUUGGGACCACCAAGUCUACCAUUUCCUAGCAGCUUCGAACCCAGGGUCCUCUCUCUUCGUUUCUAUUUUACCUCGUCCGCCG